CUCCCGUGUGGACGAAUAGUUUCGUCCUUAUCCUUACGAGAACGUCUUAUUUUACGAACCAUCUUUCCUUUCUUUUUUUUCUCCCCCUUUUUUGUUUUUUUUUUAUAUAUAUGUUUCUCAUUUACAUCAGCACAGUGAUACCCAUAUCAAGGAUUGGAUCCUGAACGGGGGCUGAAGAUUCGAGGAGUAAGGUGGCUGGAUCUAUCAGCCAUGGGGACGGCAAAGAUGUUUCAUCUUUGGCCGUUGUUACUGGCAUGGAUACUUCUUUAUUCUUGUCCUGUCGAAUCUUUGAAAGGACUAAGAAGAGAAGUAUUUUUUCUCAACUUAGAGGACGGUUACUUCGGUUGUCAGGUGAACGAAUCAACGGAUGUUCUGCAAUUGCUCGAACUCUCGAAACUCUGCGAUCACAAAGUCGAUUGUUAUCAGGGUACAGAUGAGCAACGUGAAAGACUCAAGUGUACAGACGAUUGUACGAAAGAAGAUGGUACGAAAUGUUUGAACGGUGUGUGUUUAGAUUCGGUAUGUCAUUGCAAUGAUGGUUUUGGUGGUUGCAAUUGUCAAGUUCCAGAUGAGAACGAGUGUAAGUACAGACCCUGUGAUAUUUUUGCUCACUGUACGAAUACUCUUGGUAGUUUUCAAUGUUCCUGUUAUCCUGGUUACAAAGGUGACGGUUUUCAAUGCGAAGAUAUCAAUGAAUGCGAAGUGCCAGCAAUAGCAGCACGUUGCGUAGAAAAUGCAGAAUGUUGUAACCUUCCGUCAAAUUUUCUAUGCAAGUGUAAAUCCGGAUAUAUAGGGGAUGGUGAAGUACAUUGCGAGGAUGUUGACGAAUGUACUAUACCUGGUGCGUGUGCUAACAAUGCAUUGUGCCAUAAUAUUCCUGGUAAUUAUACCUGUUCGUGUCAAGAUGGAUUCACGGGAGACCCUUACGACAACUGUAUCGAUAUUAACGAAUGCAAUUACGAAGGAGCAUGCGGUCGUGGUGCACUUUGCAUCAAUUUACCUGGUGCACAUAAAUGCGAGUGUCCGGAAGGAUACGACGGCAGUCCCGAAGACGAGUGCACCGAUGUAGAUGAAUGUUUGAGAAAUCCUUGUGGACGUUCAGCGCUUUGUACCAAUUUACGAGGAAGUUUUCGAUGUACGUGUCCAGAAGGAAUGGAAGGUGAUCCGUCUACGGGAUGCCAUGAUAUAAACGAGUGUGACACGGGAACACCCUGUGGAGCAGAUUCAGAAUGCGUAAACACAGAGGGUAGUUUCGAAUGCAGAUGCCAAGUUGGUUAUCAAAUGGAUUCCACCCAACGUUGUGUAGACGUUAACGAAUGCAUCCAUAACGACGCUUGUGCUGAAAAUGCAAGAUGCAUCAACGUACCCGGUUCAUACAAGUGCAUAUGUCCUCAAGGGUUCAUCGGUCAAGGCAUGACCCUGUGUGAAAAUGUGAACGAAUGCGAGAAAAAUCCUUGCGGUGAGAAUGCCGAGUGCACCGACACCGUUGGUAGCUUCAUUUGCAGCUGUAAAGCAGAAUAUACGGGAGAUCCAUUCAAGGGAUGCAGUGAUAUCAACGAAUGUAACGCAUACGAAAAUCCUUGUGGUACCAAUGCUAUAUGUAAAAAUGCAGUACCAGGAUAUGAAUGUUUAUGCCCACCUGGUUAUAGUCCAAAACCAACCCCAUCUAUUGCUUGUGUACAGACCGAUGUAACGACCUUGUGUAAAUCAAAUUUCGAUUGUGUUAAUAAUGCCGAGUGUAUAGAAGGACAAUGUUUCUGUAAAUCUGGAUUUAAAGCUGUUGGUGCCGAAUGCGAAGAUUUGGACGAAUGUCUUACGAAUCCUUGUGGUUCAUCAUCAAUUUGUACCAAUGUAAGGGGUAGUUAUCAUUGCGAAUGUGAAUCUGGUUUUAUUGGAACACCACCUCAUAUUCCUUGCAAAGCACCAUGCGAUGAAGUUACUUGCGGUGAACACGCAUUUUGUAAAGCCGACGUUCAUGAAGCUUAUUGUAUUUGCGAAGAUGGUUGGACCUUCAAUCCGAAUGACAUAGCUGCAGGAUGUGUCGAUAUAAACGAAUGCGAUGCAAUAAAUGGACCCUUUGGUCGAUGUGGAAAAAAUGCAAUUUGUACUAACACACCUGGUGGUUUUACUUGUCACUGUAAAUCUGGAUUUUCUGGGAACGCAUUUAAACAAUGUUUAGAUGUCGAUGAAUGUUCACGAUCCGACGCGUGUGGUCAUGGUGCUACAUGUUUCAACAACGAAGGUUCUUAUUCGUGUAAUUGUCCAGAAGGAACAAUACCAGAUCCUGAUCCUUACAUAAAAUGUGUAGGCGUAGUUACUUGUGAGGUUGACGAUGAUUGUCCUGGAAACUCAAUUUGCGAUCCACAAAAACGUUGUUUAUGUCCAGAACCUAAUGUUGGAAAUGAUUGUAGACAUCCUUGCGAAGAUUUGUCUUGCGGACCAAAUGCACAUUGCAUGUUGUUAAACGACAUUGCAACUUGUCUUUGCAGUAACGGAUAUACAGGAAAACCUGGUGUUAAAGAUGGUUGCAGGGAUAUAGAUGAAUGUGCAAUAAAUCCAUGCCCACAGGGUGCAGUUUGUAAAAAUGAAGCAGGUUCUUUCUCGUGCGAGUGUCCAAGAGGUACAGCAGGAGACCCCUAUAACGGUGAUUGUCGGGAAUCAAAUGUACCACAUGUGUGUGGUCCUAGCACACCAUGUCCAGCUGGUGAACAAUGUAUCAAGGACGAAUUUAUUGGUAGUAGCGUUUGCAUUUGUCAACGUGGUUAUACCAGAGAUAGUGAAACUGGUAAAUGUAGAGAUAUAAAUGAAUGCAUGGAACUUAGAGAAAAACCAGCUUGUGGUGUUAAUGCUAUUUGUAAAAAUUUACCUGGAAGUUAUGAAUGUCAGUGUCCAUCUGGAUUCAACGGCAAUCCUUUUUCACUUUGUGAAGAAUGCAACAGCAUUGAAUGUCAAUGUCAACCACCUUACAAAAUUGUCAAUGGUAAAUGUAUGUUAGCCGGUUGUUCAAAGGGUGAGAAAUGUCCUAGUGGUGCCGAAUGUAUAACAAUCGCAGGUGGUGUUAGUUAUUGUGCUUGUCCUAAAGGUUACACAACUAAAGCAGAUGGUUCUUGCGAAGAUAUAAAUGAAUGUAUCGAUGGUCAUCAAGUCUGUGGUUAUGGAGCAGAAUGUAUUAAUUUAUUGGGUUCUCAUCAAUGUGUUUGUCCUCGGGGUUACGGUGGUGAUCCUUACAAUGGGCUUUGUUCUCCAGCUCAAAAAAGAUGUACUACAGAUAAUGAAUGUAAAUCUAAUGAGAAAUGUGUACAACCAGGUGAAUGUGUAUGUCCUCCACCAUUCUACACAGAUCCCUUUGAUGGAAAUCUUUGCAAGAACCCUUGCGAUCGAUUCCCAUGUGGUAUAAAUGCUAAAUGUACCCCAAGUGAUCCACCAAAAUGUAUGUGCGAGGCUGGAUACGAAGGUGAUCCACAACACGGUUGUAUCGACGUAAACGAAUGUGCUAAUAAUCCUUGCGGUCCUGGUGCAUAUUGUUUCAAUACGAAAGGUGGUCAUCACUGUGAGUGUCCAAAAGGUAUGGCAGGUGAUCCUUAUACAAAUGGUUGUAAAGGUGUAGCUGUUGCAAGAACUGAAUGUACAUCCAAUGACGAUUGUGAAAAUUAUCUGGCAUGCGUUCAUGGAAGUUGUAUUAAUCCUUGUGAUAAUAUACGGUGUGGACCUAACGCGUAUUGCGAACCUGAUAAACAUGCUGCAUGGUGUCGUUGCGUGAUUGGAUUUACAGAAGGAAGCAAUAACGAAUGCGUAUCUCAAUGCGAUGGUUUCGUAUGUGGUGCUGGUGCCCAAUGUAUCGUCAGUUACGACGGACCAACUUGUAAAUGUAUAGAAGGUUUUAUGGGUAAUCCAUUCCCCGGAGGACAGUGCGUGCCGGACGUUUGUUCUGCUGAAAUUCCAUGCGCUGCACCAAGUAUUUGUAUAAGUGGUCGAUGUAAACAUCGAUGUGAAGGAAUCGUUUGUGGUAUAGGUGCAACUUGUGAUCCAACAACUAACAAAUGCGUUUGUAAUCCUUAUUUCAUUGGUAAUCCUGAUCUACUUUGUAUGCCACCUAUUGCACCGCCAACUUGUAAUCCGGACUGUGGUAAAAAUGCACACUGCGAAUAUGGACUUCAAGAAUCUAAAUGUAUUUGUAAUCCUGGAACCAGUGGUAAUCCUUAUCAUGGUUGUGAAAUUCAACAUAAAUCCGAUUGUUCUACUACCGUGUGUGGCAAAGAUGCUCAUUGCAGUACAGCAACUAAUGCAGUAGAAUGUGUUUGUCCACCAGGAUAUGCUGGGAAUCCAUAUAUUCAAUGUUUCGAUAUCAACGAAUGUAAUGGAAAUGCAUGUGGUACCAAUGCAGUUUGUAUUAAUACGAUAGGAAGCUAUGAUUGUCGUUGCAAAGAAGACUUUUUUGGAAAUCCUUUCGUCGGAUGUCAACAAGUACAAACGAGUCCUUGUACCGAUCCAUCCAUUUGCAGUUGUAGCGAGGCAUUACCGUGUCCAUUCGAUUAUAGUUGCGUUAACGGCAAAUGCAUCAACAAAUGUCACAAUAUCAAAUGUGGUCCUAAAUCAAUUUGUCAAGAUGGAGCUUGCUUGUGUCCACCAGGAUAUACAGGAAAUCCAAAUGAUCAUGUCAAAGGAUGUCUUUUACGGGGUCAUUGUUCCAACGAUUUAGAUUGUGAAACUCAACAAAUCUGUUUCCAAGUUGGUAAAGGCACUAGAAAGUGUGUAGACGCUUGCAGUAAACUUCAGUGUGGACCUAAUGCUUUAUGUAUUACUCAAAAUCACGUGUCAUCUUGUUUGUGCAUCGAUGGAUAUCAGGGUAAUCCUAGUAAUCUCGUUGAUGGAUGUGUACCAGCUAAAUCGUUGAUAACACCAGGUUGCCUUCAUGAUUCUGAUUGUCCGACUGGUUAUUCAUGCGUUGUUCUCGACAAUGGUGCUAGAGAUUGUGUAAAUCCAUGUAGUAAAGUCGUGUGUGGUGCUCAUCAAACCUGUGUGCCUGACAUAGUUCCUAAUCAUGCAACAUGUAAAUGUCAAGAAGGAUACGAAUGGAAUUCAGUGUUGUCUUCUUGUGAGAAACCAUCAGUGCCUAGUUGUAUAUCAGAUGAUGAUUGCCAUAUAACAGAAGCUUGCAGACCUGAUGUACUUGGUGUUCUUAAAUGUGUUCCUGUGUGUUCCGAUUUCACGUGUGUUUUAAAUUCUCAUUGCAUUGCCGAACAUCACCGAGGACGUUGCGAAUGUUUGGCAGGAUACGUGGGUAAUCCAAAUGAUCGUAGAGGAUGUGUGCAUCCACGUACCAAUAAAUGUUCCAGUGAUAGUGAAUGUCCAGAAGAUCAGGCCUGUAGAUCUACCACAGAAGGUACAUUGACUUGUCAACCGGUCUGCAACUUUAUUACCUGUGGUCCUAAUGCACUUUGCAUCGUAAACAAUCAUGUUGCCAAUUGUGAAUGUCCACCUGGAUUAUACGCAGGAGAUCCAAAUGAUCGUAGCAAGGGUUGUCUCGAAGUACCAUGCGUGUAUAACAUCGAUUGUCCACCUACGCAACUUUGCAAUCGUCUCACUCACACAUGCUACGAUGCGUGUGACGAAAAUGCAUGUGGUAUAAAUGCCGUUUGCAUUGCUGAUGACCAUAAAGCGAUCUGCCAAUGUCCACCUGGCUUAAAACCUAAUCCCGUAGCUGAUGUUGAAUGCGUUGCGAUAGAAACUUGUAAUCCAAAUCCUUGUCACUCGUCAGCAUUCUGUGUUCCGGGAGCAUCUAACAGUCCUACUUGUCAAUGUCCUCCUAAUUACGUUGGUGAUCCUUAUAGUACUGGCUGUCAACCAGAAGGUUAUUGUAAUAGCAAUAAGGACUGUCCUACACAUUCAACAUGUUAUAAACAUCAAUGCAUCAACCCUUGUGAGAAUGCUUGCGGUGCCAAUUCUGUAUGCGAAGUGAUCAAUGGAGAACCAGUUUGUAAAUGCAUCCAUAGAUUCAUUCCUUCAUCUAAGAGUCCAGAAGAUGGUUGCAUUCGUGCUACGAAUUAUUGCAACACCGAUACUGAUUGUGUAGACAGCGUUUGCCUUGACGGACAAUGUAUAGCUGUGUGUAGAUCUAUUUCUGAUUGCUCAGAUGGUGAAAAAUGUAUAAAUAAUAGAUGUUCAGUGCCUUGUGUUACCCAUUCUCAGUGUCAACCUGAUCAAGCUUGUAUGAAUGGUGUCUGCAUUUUGGGUUGUCGAAAUAACAAAAAUUGCCCAUCUUAUGAAUCAUGUAUAAACAGCAAAUGUCAAGAUCCGUGCAAAAAGAAAGAUGUUUGUGGACCCAACGCUAUUUGUAGUUGCGUCAAUCAUGCAACAAUAUGUUCCUGUCCAUUAGGAUUUCAAGGUAAUCCAAUUCCAGAGCAAGGUUGUGUCCGAGUACCAAAUUCGUGCGAUGGUCCACAAGAGUGUCCAAGUCAGCACGUUUGUGUUUCUGGAUUAUGUCAGUGCCAAUGUAAAGAACAAAAUAAUUGUGCUAAAGGGGAACGUUGUAAGAAUGGCGUAUGCGUAAAAGUAUGCUACAGUGAUAGUAAUUGUUUGCCUGGUGAAUUAUGCGUCGAUGGAACUUGCGAAGCUGGUUGCUCUUCCGAUGCAAGUUGCAAGUCAGAUGAAGUGUGUAUUAAUAAUAAGUGCAGAUGUAGUCAUGGAUUCAUCGAUGGUCCUGAACAUUGUUUAGACAUAAAUGAAUGCGAAGAACAUCCAUGUCAUCCUAGUGCAGAAUGCAUUAAUCAUCAUGGUUCAUAUCGUUGCGUAUGUCCACAAGGUACCGCAGGUGAUCCAGUAAUAUCAGGAUGUGUGGUACCACAUCAAUGCACUGUAGAUUCAAAUUGUCCAGAAACACAAUCCUGCAUUCAGCAUAACUGUUCAGAUCCAUGUUCUUUUGUUGAUUGUGGCUUAAAUACCAUUUGUACUGUUGUCGAUCAUGCAGCUACUUGUCAGUGUCAACCAGGAUAUAUUGGUGACAGUACUGGUUGCUUUAAAGUAGAAUGUUUAACUAACAAUGAUUGUCCAUCUGACAAAUAUUGUAAUCAAGAAACCAAUAAGUGCAGUAGUCCUUGCAAUCAAGUAAAUUGUGGCUAUGGUAAUUGCGUAUCAAUCGAUCACACUGGUAUUUGUAAAUGUUAUCCCGGUUUUGUUCUUGUGGAUGAUAUUUGUGUCGAUAUCAAUGAAUGUUCGCAAAAUGCAUGUCACCCUACAGCAAUCUGUCAGAACACAGAAGGAUCGUACAUUUGCGUUUGUCCACAUGGAUUGGUUGGUGAUCCAAUUCAAGCAGGUUGUAAACAACCAGGGGAUUGUUUCGCGGAUUCAGAUUGUCCUGCUACAGCUGCUUGCGUUGAUAACAGAUGUACGAAUCCUUGCGAUACAUCAAAGGUCUGUGGUAAAAAUGCUAAAUGUUUCGCACGAGGACACAUACCAAUUUGUAAAUGUCCCGAUCAAACAACCGGGGAUCCAUCAGUUGAAUGUAUUUCUUUGGAAUGCAACUAUCACAGCGAUUGUAGUCAAUCAGAUGCAUGCUUCAAUCAUAAAUGCGUAGAUCCAUGUUCUGUUUCAAAUGUUUGUGGACAUGGAGCUGAUUGUUCUUCACUUAAUCAUAGUGCAGUUUGUACUUGUCAACCUGGUGGAACCGGUGAUCCUAAUCUCGGUUGUACACCAGUACAAUAUUGUAAGACAGAUUCACAAUGUGCAACGGGCUCAGCUUGUAAUGGUGGUAUAUGUACAGCACUUUGUAGUAGUACAAGGGAUUGCAUUGGGGAUCAACUUUGCAUUAAUGGACUUUGUCAACCUACGUGUAAAAGUAAUUCUAGUUGUCCAGAUUAUCAAUAUUGUCAUAAUAAUAUUUGUAUUCAAGAAUUACGUUGUAUAUCUGACGAUGAUUGUUCCUACGAUGAAAAAUGUAUUAAAAAUAAUAUCGGACAAGCUGAAUGUCGUAAAGUAUGCGAUUUGACAUUUUGCGGACGUAACGCUGAAUGUAAAUCUGACAAUCAUGUUGCUUCGUGUUCUUGUCAAUCCGGUUUCUUUGGUAACGCUAAAGAUGAUAAAAUAGGUUGUCAGCCUAUAGAAUGUGAAACAAAUGAUGAAUGUAGCGAUGAGAAGAUUUGUGAUUUGUACAAAUGCAGAAUUGCUUGUCUUGCACAUAAUCCUUGUGGAGUUAAUGCUAUUUGUACUGCAGAAAAACAUACUCAAAUUUGUACAUGUCAUCCUGGAUAUACUGGAGAACCAACAUUAGGUUGCACAUUAGUUGAUUAUUGUGCAAAUGCACCUUGUGCACCUGGAGCCUUAUGUGAAAAUUCUCGAGGAUCUUACAAGUGUCACUGUCAACCUGGCACUAUUGGUGAUCCUUAUAACAGUGGUUGUCAACAACCUGUCGAAUGUUUACAAGACGAUGAUUGUCCAUUAUCAGCAAAAUGUAUCAGUGUUAACAACAUACCUAAGUGUUUCGAUGUCUGCGGAAAGAUACAAUGUGGACCAAAUGCAGAUUGUGUUGCAACCAAUCAUGCAGCUAGUUGUCAGUGUCGAACCGAUUACGAAGGAAAUCCUAACAGUUUGAGUAUUGGAUGUCGUCCUAAAUCUAUUCUCUGUUCGUCAGCUAACGAUUGUUUGGCUAACACUUAUUGCUACGAGGGUAUUUGCCGACCAUUGUGUCAAUCGGACGAAGAAUGUAAUUUAUCCGACGUAUGUUUAAACGGACAGUGCUUAGAUCCAUGCGACAUAAGAGCAGCAUGUGGCAUCAAUGCGGAAUGCAAUGUAAGAAAUCACAUCAAACAGUGCAGUUGUCCACUUGGAUUUACUGGUAAUUCUGAAGUGGAAUGUGUUAGACUACCAGUUUCUUGCAGCGGUAGCAACGAUUGCAAUGAAGGUAAUACUUGUCGCGAUAACGUAUGUUUGCCAAUAUGUUCAACGGACAACGAAUGUGCAUUCAAUGAAAAAUGUAUUUACGGAAAUUGUUUGUUAACCUGUCGACUUGAUAACGAUUGUUUCCUUGGUCAUAUUUGUUUGCAAAAUAUGUGUUCCUUCGGAUGUCGCGUUGACGAGGAUUGUAAUGCAAAUCAAGCAUGCAUUUCCAACAAGUGUGCCAAUCCAUGCGAAGUAACACCAUGUGGACCAAAUGCAAAAUGCACUGUUUUCAAUCAACGAGCUACUUGUUCUUGUCCUUCUGGAUUUAUACCAAAUCCAACAGCUAAGAUUGCUUGCUUAAGAUUACCAGGAAGAGUAUGUCAAGCUAACAGAGAUUGUGAUACAGGAACAGCUUGUAUUUCUGGAGUUUGUACACCCGUUUGCUCUACAAAUGCAAAUUGUUUGAGUAACGAACGGUGCGAUAGUUCAGGAAUUUGUAAAUCACUUUGUAGAAGAGACGAAGAUUGCAGGAGUGGCGAAAUUUGUGAAGGACUUACUUGUACUAUUGGUUGCCGAUCUGAUAUCGAAUGUCAAGAAAAUUCUGCAUGCAUAAACAAUCAAUGUAUAGAUCCUUGCACCUUGUCAGAUUCAUGCGGAGUUAAUGCAAAAUGUACAGUUGUUGACCAUCACAAAGUAUGCACUUGUCCACCGCGGUUAGUUGGAGAUCCAUUCGUUGGUUGUAAACAAGCAUUCCUUCCUUGUGCAACUGAACAAGAUUGUUUAUCGGGUCAAACGUGCUAUGGGAAAUCUUGCUACACGAAAUGCAGAGGUGACGUGGAUUGUUUGAACGAUGAACGUUGCGAUAAUGGAAUUUGUAAAGCAAUUUGUAACAAUGAUGGGCAUUGUGCUAACAAUCAAAUUUGUCAGAAUCGUUUGUGUAACAUCGGAUGUCGCAGUGAUAAUACUUGUUCGAAGGAUGAGUCUUGUUUGAACAACCAAUGCCGAAAUCCAUGCGAAGGUGGUAAAGCAUGUGGUGAAUGUGCUGGUUGUCGAGUAGUUAAUCAUAUAGCACAAUGCAGUUGUCCAGCUAAUUAUUAUGGCAAUGCAUUGUUAAGUUGCAUGAAAUCUAUGAUUCCUUGCGACCAUACUUGUGAAUGCGACGAGAUUGGAUUCUGUAGUACAAGUUGCACUAGCCAAAGUCAAUGUACUUGCGGAGAAGUUUGUCAUACAGGAAAAUGCAGAGUAAAAUGUGACAGUAAUAAUGUUUGCCCUAAGGGAUACAUAUGCGAGGCAGGAUUAUGUAUGAUUGGUUGUCGUACACAUUCGGAUUGUCCAUCAUCUUUAUCCUGUACAAGCGGACAGUGUAUCGAUCCUUGUUCAUCAAAUGGAUCACCAUGUGGAAUAAAUGCACUUUGUCGUGUUUCUAAUCACCGAGCAGUUUGCUUGUGUCCUGAAGGAUAUCAAGGAGAACCAAGUCAGGAAUGUUAUCAAUUAGAAUGUCAUAGAGAUGAAGAUUGUGAAUCGAAUAAGCAAUGCAGCGAAAAUGGUGUUUGUACGAAUCCUUGUUUGCAACAUGGCAUUUGUGGUUUCAAUGCACAAUGUCGGGUUGUUAACAGGAAAGCACAAUGCUCUUGUCCACCUGGACAUUUCGGUAAUCCAAAAGUUAAUUGCAAAAUAGGUGGAGAUAGUUGUUUGCAAAGACAUUGCGGUGUUAAUGCAAAAUGUAGAGAAACAGCUAAUGGUUUUGAAUGUACGUGUGAUCCAGGAUGUCAUGGUAAUCCGCAUGAAGCAUGUUUGUGCGAUGGUGGUGAACUUUGUAAAGAUGUUCAUUGCGGUGUCAAUGCUGCUUGUCGUAUUUACAAAAAUCAACCGCAGUGUUAUUGUCCACCAAACUUCCCAUCUGGUGAUCCCAUGCAUGCAUGUAGCCCUGAUACGAAUGUAGGAGAUUGCAGAACAAUUGGCUGUGGAAAAGGUGCUGAAUGCAUUCGAGAUGGUACGAUAUUUGUUUGCCGAUGUCCCCCAGGUACAACUGGUUCACCAGAUAUUGAAUGUACAACAGAACGCGAAUGCACCAGUGACUUAGAGUGCCCUAAUGAAAAAGCCUGCAUAAAUCUGCAAUGUCUGGACCCGUGCGCGUUGCGCGGUGCCUGUGGAAUAAAUGCCCUUUGCCGAGUGGUUCUACAUAAGCCCCGAUGCUCGUGUCCACAGUGUUAUAUCGGUAUGCCUAAUACGGCUUGUCAUCCAGAUCUUAAAUGUGAUAGACUAAGUCCCAGACCUGCACCGAACAUUGAUUGUUCAAAAGACAGCGACUGUCCUGAGAGUCUUUCUUGCCAUUCCCAGACAGGGGAGUGUCGCGAUCCAUGCUUAAGUUCUCAAUACAGUUGCGAAGUUAACAAGAGAUGUCAGGUGCGAAAUCAUAGGCCCAUGUGUGUGUGUAAACACGGCUUCGUCGUCAAUGAACUCGGAGAAUUAACAUGUGCACCCGAUACGCUGACUUGCGCGAGAGAUUUUGACUGUCCGUCAAAUGCCGCAUGCGUCAAUGGAAAAUGUCAGAAUCCCUGUAACGUAAGAAAGAAAAAACCAUGCCCAGACGGUAAAACUUGCGAUGUUUUGGACCACCGUCCUGUGUGCAUUUGCACCCAAAACUGCAAUCCUUCCCUCUCCAUUUGCCUGCGAGACAGUGGCUGCUCUCCAGACUUGGCGUGCCGCAACUAUCGCUGUGUGGAUCCAUGCAGAAACUCCACCUGUCCGGCUGAUGCCCCCUGUUACGUGGAGGAGCACAAGCCUAUCUGCAAGUUCUGUCCCCCCGGCUUUGUGCCAGAUACUAAAUAUGGAUGCAUGAAAGAUCUCAAAUGCUCGACACAUGGUGAUUGUCCUGCCCAGUUGGCUUGUAUAGAUCGGCAGUGUUUAAAUCCAUGCACACUUGGCAAUCCUUGUGAUUUUGUUGAAGUUUGUCAUGUCCAUGAACAUAGACCAGUUUGCAUUAAAGACGAAGACAUGGUUCAAGGUUGUCCAUAUUGUCCACCUGGUAUGCAAUGUGACAAAGUUAAAAAAACAUGCGUGAAAGCGGGUUGCACUAGCGACAAAGAUUGCCCCCUGACAGAGGUAUGCAUUGGAAAUACUUGUCAAGAACCUUGUCUAGUUCGGAACCCUUGCGCAGAACACGCAAUUUGCAUCAAUACAAAUCAUGGAACCGAUUGCAGUUGCGAGGAAGAUUAUCAUGGAGACGGAUAUAAACAAUGUGAUUUAGUUGAGGAAGGUAAAAAUAUAUGCCACUAUAACGAAGAUUGUCCACCUAACAAAUACUGCGACAGAUUAAACAGACAAUGUAUCAAUCCAUGUUUGGAAUUAAGUUGUGGUGAAAAUGCUAAAUGUUACACUGACAAUCACGAAGCACAAUGUAAAUGUUUAUCAGGGUAUGAGGGUAGACCAGAUAUUGGAUGCAAAGAAGUAUCAACUAAUCCGUGUAUUCCUAAUCCGUGUGGUUUGGAUGCUAUGUGUGAAAAUGAUAAUGGAAAUCCCAUAUGUUUCUGUCCAAAGGGUCUAACUGGAAAUCCGUUUGAAGAAUGCAUUCCUGAAGGAGACAAAUGUCAGAAAAAUUCGUGCGGUGCAAAUUCAGGCUGUCGAGUUGUAAAUGGUCAAAUGAAAUGUUUCUGCUUACCAGGAUAUGAAGGUGAUCCACCACAUUUGCCAUGCGCACUUUCGAAAAAUCCUUGCGAAUCAUCUCCAUGCGGUCCUAACACUCAAUGUACCGUUUUGAGCAAUGGAUUUGCCAAGUGUACUUGUUUGUCCGGUUAUAUCGAAAGUCCUAAUACAAUCAGAGGAUGCAUACCAAAAUCCAGCGUAUGUGAAUUGAAUCCAUGUGGUUUUGGAGCAAUGUGCAAUGCAACUAAAACACCACCCUGUUAUUGUCCUAAUUUAACAGUAGGAAAUCCUUAUAAAAAUUGUUCAGUUCAAUCAAUGAAUACGUACGAUCCUUGUUUAGACUCACCGUGCGGUAAAAAUGCUAUUUGUACAAAUAACAAUGGCGUAGCAAAAUGUAUUUGUGUACCACCAUAUAUUGGAAAUCCUUAUUUAGAGGAUUGUAGAGCAGAAUGUAUAUCCAAUCAAGAUUGUUCCAAUCAUUUGGCUUGUUUCAAUCAACAUUGUAGAGAUCCUUGUCCUGGAGUUUGUGGUUCAAAUGCACAUUGUGAAGUAUCUGAUCACAUUCCAGUGUGUUCUUGCUUACCAGGAUACAGCGGGGAUCCUUUCCGUUCUUGUAAAGUAGAAAAGCCUCCUCCUCCAUCUCAAAAUCCAUGUUUGCCAUCACCAUGUGGGCCUCACAGUAUUUGUCGUGUAAUGAAAGAUCGAGCUGUUUGUUCAUGCAGUCCAGGUUAUCAAGGUGUACCACCUUCUUGUCGACCGGAAUGUCUCGUCAGUUCCGAAUGUCCAGAACAUCUUUCUUGCAUCAACAAAAAGUGUAGCGAUCCGUGUCCAGGUUUAUGUGGAUUAAAUGCUCUUUGCCAAGUUAUCAAACACAAUCCAUUGUGUACUUGUCCUCCUGAUUAUAACGGGGAUCCAUUUAUACAAUGCAAUAGAGAAGUUCCAGGUAUAAAGAAUCUUUGUUUACCAUCUCCAUGUGGACCAAAUGCCGAAUGUCGUGUACAGGGUGAUCAUCCAGUAUGCACUUGCAUGAGUGGAAUGUUUGGCGCACCACCAAAUUGCAGGCCCGAAUGUUUAAUUCAUCAAGAUUGUCCUAACUCUUUGGCUUGUAUUCAAAAGAAAUGUUUAGAUCCGUGUGCUGGUUCUUGUGGAUUAAAUACAAAUUGUACUGUGCAAAAUCAUCGUCCGAUGUGUUUAUGUUACGAGGGUUACGAGGGAGAUCCUUUCUCAGGUUGCAGUAAAGUUAUUCUACCAAUACCAUUGCCAUGUGAUCCUUCACCAUGUGGUAUAAAUGCUAUUUGCAAAGAAAGAAACGGAGUAGGUUCGUGCUCAUGUUUACCUGAUUAUACUGGAGAUCCAUACGAAGGAUGUAGACCGGAAUGUGUUCAAAAUUCUGAUUGUAUACCAACGAAUGCUUGCAUUAAUAAUAAAUGCAAGGAUCCAUGUUUAGGUGCAUGUGGUUUAAAUGCUCAGUGCCAUGUUUAUAAUCAUCAACCAUCUUGUAGCUGUUUGUCUGGCUACACUGGUGAUCCAUUGAAAUCGUGCCAUGAAUUCGUUGAUAUUCCAAAUUCAGAAGAACCAUGCAAUCCAUCACCGUGUGGUCCUUAUAGUAAUUGCCGUGUGAUAGAUAAUCAUGCAGUAUGUUCUUGCCAACCAGAUUAUCUUGGAAGUCCACCUUCCUGCAGACCAGAAUGCGUGGUUAGUGCAGAUUGUACUCAAAACACAGCCUGCAUCGAACAUAGGUGUAAAGAUCCAUGCGUGGGUACAUGUGGAUUGAAUGCCAAUUGUCAAGUAGUCAAUCAUAAUCCAAUAUGCAGUUGUACGUCUGGUUAUACAGGAGAUCCAUUUUUCGAAUGCGUCAAAGAAGUUUCUAAAUCAGAAGACAAACCAAGCGAUAAUCCAUGCAUUCCUUCGCCAUGUGGACCUAAUUCACAAUGUCGCGUAAUUGAUGGAUUCCCAGCAUGUUCUUGUCUACCAAACUUUAUUGGUAGAGCACCCAAUUGUCGUCCAGAAUGUGUAAUAAACGAAGGAUGUCCUGGUAAUUUGGCAUGUCAAAAUGAACAGUGUGUUGAUCCUUGUCCUGGAUCUUGCGGAGUAAACACGUAUUGUAACGUUAUUAAACAUAAUCCUAUUUGUAUUUGCAAUGCUGGAUUCACAGGAGAUCCAUUCACAGAAUGUACUCCUAUCAUUGAAAAACCAAUUACUACCGAACAACCUCGUACACCUUGUAAUCCAUCACCUUGCGGUGCAAAUGCAAUAUGCAAUGAAAGAAAUGGAGCAGGAUCCUGUACAUGUUUAGCUGAAUAUAUUGGCGAUCCAUAUAUUGGUUGCAGACCUGAAUGUGUAACAAACAAUGACUGCGAUCGUAGCAAGGCUUGUUUAAAUAAUAAAUGCGUGAAUCCUUGUUUGAAUACUUGCGGUGAAGAAGCUACUUGUAGAGUUGUCAAUCAUGCACCAGCAUGUUCUUGUAUAUCUGGAUUUACCGGAGAUCCAUUCAGUCGUUGUACACCAAUAGAAACAACAUCUCAAUUGAUACCAACAAAUCCUUGCGAUCCAUCACCUUGUGGUCCAAAUAGUAAUUGCAGAAUUCACAAUGGUCACGCAGUAUGUUUAUGUCAACCAGGAUUUAUUGGAAUACCUCCUUCGUGUCGUCCAGAAUGCAGUGUCAGUUCUGAAUGUUCGCAAAACAAAGCAUGCAUCGAUAAUAAAUGUACGGAUCCUUGUCCAGGAACGUGUGGACAAAAUACCAAAUGUUUCACCGUAAAUCAUAAUCCUAUUUGUACCUGUGCAACUGGAUAUACGGGUGAUCCAUUCUCUGGUUGUUUACUCAUUGACGUACAAACACCGCCGACUAUAGAAAAUCCAUGCGAUCCGAAUCCAUGUGGACCGAAUUCUCAAUGCAGAGUUAUAGGAUCACAACCGGCAUGUUCAUGUUUGUUGAAUUAUAUUGGACGUCCACCAAAUUGCAGACCAGAGUGUACAGAUAAUUCUGAAUGUUAUAAAACUGCGGCUUGCAUAAAUCAGAGAUGUAGUAAUCCUUGUCCUGGAGCAUGCAGUGAACAAGCAAUAUGUAAUGUUCAAAAUCACGUUGCAAUUUGUACUUGUCCUGACGGUUACGAAGGUGAUCCAAGCUUAGGUUGCAUACUGUCUUCUGCUCCGACAACUGGCAAAACUAUAACAAAUCCUUGUGUGCCAAAUCCAUGCGGACCAAAUGCACAAUGUCGAGAACGAAAUGGUGCGGGAGCAUGCAUUUGUCCAUCCGAUCUAAUUGGCGAUCCAUACGACAACGUGAAAGGAUGUCACAAGGAAUGUGAAUCAAAUACUGAUUGUGCACCACACCUGGCAUGCAUUGGAUUUAAAUGUUCUGAUCCAUGUCCCAAUACGUGUGGUGUUUUGUCUGUAUGCAAUGUUCAAUCACAUGUUCCAGUUUGUACUUGUCCACCUGGAUACACAGGAGAUCCAUAUUCAGCUUGUGAAAUAGAACAAAUACGUCCUCCACCGUUAGAUCCAUGCUCUCCAUCACCUUGCGGACCCAAUAGCAAAUGUCGGGAAAUCAAUGGUCAAGCUGUUUGCACGUGUCUACCAGAUUACAAGGGUAUACCACCAUCAUGCAGACCAGAAUGUGUUGUUAAUGCAGAAUGUCCUCAACAUCUUGCAUGUAUUAACAAUAAGUGUUCGGAUCCUUGCCCCAAUAGUUGUGGAUUGAAAGCACAUUGUACCACGAAAAAUCAUAAUCCAAUAUGUAUUUGUCCUGUUGGUUUCACCGGUGAUCCAUUUACCCUGUGCUCUUUUGAUGAAACAACUAAACAAGUUACGGAACGUCCACCAUCCUGUAAUCCAUCUCCAUGCGGUCCAAAUUCACUUUGUCAAAUAAUAUCUGGAAGUCCAGCGUGUUCCUGUCUACCAAAUUACAUUGGCGUACCUCCGGAAUGUCGUCCAGAAUGUAUACUAAGUUCCGAAUGUAAGAGUAAUCUUGCAUGUCUCAAUCAAAAGUGUCAAGAUCCGUGUCCAGGAUCCUGCGGUGUCAAUGCACAGUGUCAUAUACUCAAUCAUAUACCAGUAUGCACAUGCAUUGAAGGUUUUACUGGUGAUCCUUUCACUCAAUGCACGACUAUACCACCAACAACCGAAAAACCACAAACGGGAUUCCUUUGUAACAAUUUACCAUGCGGAUUAAAUGCCAUUUGCAGAGAUGGUGAAUGCGAAUGUUUACCAGGAUACGGUGGUAAUCCUUACGAAGCUUGCAGACCAGAAUGUAUUCUCAAUUCAGAAUGUCCACGUGAUAAGACCUGCAUUAGAAACAAAUGCAUUGAUCCUUGUCCUGGAACAUGUGGCCAAAACGCUGAGUGCGAUGUUGUAAAUCAUAUACCUGUUUGUUCUUGCGUUACCGGUUACAUUGGUGAUCCAUUUGUGAACUGUCGCUUGCAGCCACAAAUGCCGGUAUCUAAAACGAAUCCAUGCAAUCCAUCACCAUGUGGACCAAAUAGUCAGUGUCGAAAUAUCGAAGAUCACGCUGUUUGUUCAUGUUUAGAAGGCUAUCUUGGUUCCCCACCAUCAUGUAGACCAGAAUGUUUAAUAAGUUCGGAAUGUCCACCGACACGUGCUUGUGUAAAUAAAAAGUGUACAGAUCCAUGCUUAGGAUCUUGCGGUUUGAACGCUAGGUGCGAAGUUAUCAAUCAUUCACCGAUUUGUAGUUGUCUACCUGGACAAACGGGAGAUCCAUUUAAGAGCUGUUUCGUUCAAUACCUAGAACCUAAGGAUAAUGGAGAUCCUUGUAAUCCUUCACCAUGUGGUCCAAACGCACAGUGUCAAAUUGUUAAUGAAAAUCCAUCAUGUUCCUGUUUACCAUCUUACAUUGGCACGCCGCCGUCGUGUCGUCCGGAAUGUUUAAUUAAUCCAGAUUGUCCAACAAAUAAAGCAUGCGUAAAUGCUAAAUGCAAAGAUCCAUGCCCAGGAUCGUGCGGUGAGAAUGCAGAAUGUAUUGUAAUAAAUCAUGCAGUUACUUGUUCGUGUACAACUGGUUAUUCAGGCAAUCCAUUUGUACAAUGCGUCCUUCGUAAAGAGGAAGAAAUAAAUCCAUGUGUACCAUCACCAUGCGGAUCUAAUGCAAUUUGUCAACAACGUGAAAACACCGGUGCAUGUAUUUGCAUAGAAGAUUAUCAUGGUAAUCCAUACGAGGGUUGUCAACCUGAAUGUAUUCUCAGUUCAGAUUGUCCAACAAAUAAGGCAUGCAUACGUAACAAAUGCAAAGAUCCUUGUCCUGGUAUAUGUGGAAUUCAAGCACAAUGUUCGGUCAUCAAUCACAUUCCAACAUGUACAUGCGUACCUGGAUAUGUCGGAGACCCAUUUGCAACUUGUAUACUUCAAUCCGAAACAAUGCCAACAACUAUCGAUCCAUGCUCUCCUUCACCAUGUGGACCUAAUAGUUUGUGUCGUGUAAUUAACGACCAGGCUGUAUGUUCGUGUCAGACUACUUUCGUUGGAACACCUCCAAAUUGCAAACCAGAAUGUGUUGUUAAUUCUGAAUGUCCAUUGAAUCGUGCAUGUUACAAAUAUAAGUGUACAGAUCCAUGUCCAGGAACAUGUGGAAUAGGCGCCAAUUGCAGAGUUAUCAAUCAUAAUCCUCUGUGUAGUUGUUCUCAUGGAAUGACUGGAGAUCCAUUUUCAAGAUGUUAUACUAUUACAAUGGAUAUACCGACACCCAUUGGCAAUCCAUGUAUACCAAAUCCAUGUGGCUUAUAUUCCGAAUGUAAAAUAGUUGAUGAUCGAGCAGCAUGUUCUUGUCAAAAUAAUUAUAUUGGACAGCCACCCAAUUGCCGUCCAGAAUGUGUCGUAAAUACCGAUUGUCCAUCGAACCAAGCAUGUAUCUCUGAGAAAUGUAGAGACCCAUGCGUUGGAUCUUGCGGGCAAAAUGCGGAUUGUCGGGUUCAAACUCAUAUUCCUACUUGUUUAUGUCAAUCAGGUUAUACGGGAGAUCCUUUCACAUUAUGCUCGCCGAUUACAGUACAACCAAACAUACCUGAAGAUUUAUGCAAUCCAUCACCUUGCGGACCUAACGCUGAAUGUGACGCUGGCGAGUGUACCUGUUUUGCCAAUCACUUUGGAGAUCCAUACGUUUAUUGUCGACCAGAAUGCACCAUGAAUUCCGAUUGUCCUCGUGUGAAAACUUGUAUAAAUCAACGUUGCGUUGAUCCAUGUCCAGGAACAUGCGGUACAAAUGCUCAAUGUAACGUUGUCAAUCAUAUUCCAAUGUGCAGUUGUUCAGCUGGAAAUACUGGGGAUCCGUUUAGUUUCUGUCGACCAUAUUUGCCAGAUGAAAUGGGAAAACAAACUUGUUCGCCAUCACCUUGUGGACCUAACAGCAUUUGUAAAAUCGUCAACGAUCAUGCAGUUUGUUCUUGUCAGCCAAGUUUUAUUGGUAGUCCACCUUCUUGUCGACCCGAAUGCGUCGUUAGUUCUGAGUGUCCUCUAACCCAAGCGUGUCUGAAUGGAAAAUGUGAAGAUCCAUGCCCAGGAACAUGCGGACAAAAUACAAAAUGUCAAGUUGUCAAUCAUAAUCCUAUUUGCAGUUGUUCGGAAGGAAAUACCGGUGAUCCAUUUAGCAGAUGUUAUCCUUUACCAAGCGUAUCAGCACGACCUACGAAUCCUUGCAUGCCAUCACCUUGCGGACCGAAUGCUGAAUGCCACGUACGAGGUGAAAGUCCAGCUUGUUCCUGCAUGCAGAAUUACAUCGGUAUACCACCAAAUUGUAGACCAGAGUGUACCAUCAAUCCAGAAUGUCCAGCUCAUUUAGCGUGCAUACAACAAAAGUGUCGUGAUCCGUGUGUUGGUUUGUGUGGUGUAAAUGCUCAGUGUUCUGUGGUUAAUCAUCACGCGGUUUGUACGUGUCUAGCUGGUUUCUCUGGAAAUGCAUUCAGCGUUUGUGAACCUGCUCUCAAGGACACCCCGUUAGAUAUCAGGAAACCAUGUGAGCCUUCCCCAUGUGGCGCUAAUGCGAUCUGUCGUGAGAAUAACGGCGCCGGCUCAUGUUCCUGUAUACCGGACUACUUAGGUGACCCUUACCAAGGAUGUAGACCCGAAUGUACUCAAAAUUCCGAUUGUCCUUCUACAAUGGCCUGUAUGACCCUGAAAUGCAGAGACCCGUGCCCAGGAACCUGUGGAUCAAAUGCCAAAUGCUACCCUAUUAAUCAUCUGCCCACUUGUACCUGUAAUCCAGGAUAUACCGGAGACCCAUUCAGGCACUGUACCUUAGAAAUCACAACCCCAAGCCUAUCAGAAUCAAAUCCAUGCAGUCCAUCACCUUGUGGAUCAAACAGCAAAUGCAGAAAUAUAAAUGAUCAUGCUGUGUGUACUUGUCUCCCAAAUUAUAUUGGCACCCCACCAAACUGUCGCCCAGAAUGUACCGUUAACAGUGAAUGUUCGAAGGAAUUAGCAUGCAUUAAUCAAAAAUGUGCAUCACCUUGCAUAGAUACUUGUGGAAUUAAUACUCAAUGCAGAGUUAUCAAUCAUAGUCCCAUUUGUAGUUGCAAUUCUGGUUAUACUGGAGAUCCAUUCACCAAAUGUUUCCCUGCUCCAUUCGAAAUUCCACGAGAUGAAAUAAUACCAAAAGAACCAUGCAUACCAUCUCCUUGUGGAAUGUAUGCGGAAUGCAGAAAUAUCGGUGGUACGGCAUCCUGUUCGUGUUUACCAAAUUACAUUGGAUCCCCACCCAAUUGUAGACCGGAAUGUCGUGUCAAUUAUGAUUGUCCUAAAAAUCUUGCUUGCAUUCAAGAAAAAUGCAAAGAUCCUUGUUCAGGAUCUUGCGGUAUUACUUCUCUUUGUAACGUUUACAAUCACAUAGCAAUGUGUCUCUGUCCUGAAGGAUUUACCGGAGAUCCUUUCAAUAAUUGUUAUCCUAGUCCAACAAUAACAACAGAACCCAGUAUCACUGAUCUUUGUACAACAACUGUAUGUGGACCAAAUACCGAAUGCAACGAUGGUAUUUGCAAAUGUUUAGCGGAAUAUCAAGGCGACCCUUACAUUGGUUGCCGCCCUGAAUGUACAUUAAAUAACGAUUGUCCACAAAAUCGUGCUUGCAUACGAAACAAAUGUGUCGAUCCAUGUCCAGGAGUUUGUGGUCAAAAUGCACAAUGUGUUGCAUACAAUCAUAUUCCCAUGUGUAGUUGUCCAUCUAGUAUGGUCGGAAAUGCUUUCGUGCGUUGUUUUAUUCUUGAAGAUCCAGUUAAGCAGAAUCCUUGCGUGCCUUCACCAUGCGGUCCCAAUAGUGUUUGUCGUGAAAUCAGACAACAAGCUGUUUGUUCAUGCGUGUCAGGAUUUCUUGGUGCACCACCUGCAUGCAGACCAGAGUGUACCAUUAGUUCUGAUUGUCAAUUAACGGAAGCUUGCAACAAUCAAAAAUGUAUCAAUCCUUGUCUUGGUUCUUGUGGUUUUAAAGCAAUCUGUCAUGUGGUCAAUCACAACCCUCUUUGUAGUUGUCCACCAGAGAUGACUGGUGAUCCAUUUGUACAAUGUCUUAUAAAACCACCAGAACCUGUUAUACCAGAAAAUCCGUGUCAACCAUCUCCUUGUGGUGCUAAUGCUGUAUGCCAAGUGAUAAACGAUGCCCCAUCUUGUGCCUGUUUACCAGAAUUUAUAGGUUCUCCACCUAAUUGUAGACCAGAAUGUAUCAGUAAUAGCGAAUGUUCGAGUAAUUUAGCAUGUAUCGGACGAAAAUGUAGAGAUCCUUGUAUCGAUUCUUGCGGAAUAAAUGCAGAAUGUCGCGUAGUCAGUCAUACGCCAAUGUGCGUUUGUUCAGUCGAUUAUACAGGAGAUCCAUUUAUUCAGUGUACUAAAGAUACACUAGUUAAACCUGAAUUAUCACCAUGCGAACCAUCACCUUGUAGUUACAAUGCAAUCUGUAAAGAACGAGACGGUGUAGGUUCUUGUUCUUGUCUACCAGAUUACAUUGGUAAUCCUUACGAAGGUUGCCGACCAGAAUGUGUAGUUGAUACAGAUUGUUCACCAAGUCUCACUUGUAUACAAUCCAAAUGUCAGAAUCCUUGUCCAGGCACUUGUGGUCAAUUUGCCGAAUGUCAAGUGAUUAAUCAUCAUCCUUCUUGCACUUGUAUCUCAGGAUACACCGGAAAUCCUUUCCAUUAUUGUAUCAAAUUCGAUCAAGAAAUAGAAUACAAAGAUCCAUGCGAUCCUUCACCUUGUGGACCAAAUAGUCGUUGUCGAUCUGUUAAUCAGCAAGGAAUAUGUUCUUGCUUACCGGAAUAUAUUGGUAGCCCUCCAAAUUGUCGUCCUCAGUGUGUCAUCAAUUCAGAAUGUCCGGCAAAUCGUGCCUGCACUAAUCAAAAAUGUGUAGAUCCUUGUUUGAAUACUUGUGGUACUGCAGCUACUUGUAAUGUCAUCAAUCACAGUCCAAUUUGUGCUUGUCAGCAAGGUUUUACUGGAGACCCAUUCACGAGAUGUUUCCCCUUACCACAAUCUUUGCCAUCACCUAUAUAUAAUCCUGAGCCAUGUUUACCAUCACCGUGUGGCCCUUACUCAGAAUGUCGCGUUAUUAACGGAGGCCCUUCUUGUCAAUGUUCACCCACUUAUAUUGGAAGUCCUCCUAAUUGUAGACCAGAAUGUACAGUGAAUUCAGAUUGUUCGAGCAACAAAGCUUGUAUUAAACAACGUUGCGUUGAUCCUUGCUUAGGUUCUUGUGGAAUAGGAACACAAUGUACAGUUGUUAAUCAUAUUCCAAUGUGUACAUGCCUUCAAGACUAUACAGGAGAUCCAUUUUCAAAUUGUUAUCCAUCUCCAGCACCUUUGCCAUCACCAGUUAAAGAUCCAUGUAAUCCAACACCUUGCGGACCAAAUGCUUUAUGCAAUGACGGUAUAUGCACUUGUUUGGAAAAUUAUCAAGGAGAUCCCUAUGUCAGUUGCCGACCAGAAUGUGUUCUUAAUAGUGAUUGUCCUACGACCAGUGCAUGCGUUCGAAAUAAAUGCAUAGAUCCUUGCCCAGGAAUCUGUGGACGAAAUGCCAUCUGCAAUACCUUUAAUCACAUUCCUAUUUGCAGUUGUCCAUCAAAAAUGAGUGGUAAUGCAUUCAUAUCGUGUGAUUUUGUUAAAGAACCAGCAUCAUUAAAUCCAUGUAGCCCAUCCCCAUGUGGUCCUAAUAGUCGAUGUAGACCUAUGAACGGUCAAGCAGUCUGUUCUUGUGUGCCAGGCUAUCUUGGAAGUCCGCCAACAUGUAGACCUGAAUGUACAGUUAGUUCAGAUUGUCCAAGAAAUCAAGCAUGUAGUAAUCAGAAGUGUAUUGACCCAUGUGCAGGAACCUGUGGUCUUAAUGUCAAUUGUCAAGUUAUUAAUCACAAUCCUGUUUGUAAUUGUCCUCCAGACUAUACGGGUGAUCCAUUUACUAGAUGCGAACCAAUCAUUACUUCUCCGUUACCACCGGAAGAUGAAUGCCCAUCCUGUCAAUGUGGUCCUAAUUCUCUUUAUCAUACGAUCAAUGGUAAAUCUUCGUGUGCUUGUCAACCUGGUUUCAUAGGAUCACCACCUAAUUGUAGACCAGAGUGUGUUAGCAAUAGCGAAUGUGCUAGCUCUUUGGCUUGUAUUAAUCGCAAAUGUCAAGAUCCUUGUCAAGAUUUCUGUGGUUCCAAUACAGAAUGUCGCGUAGUUAGUCAUACAGCUAUGUGCGCUUGUCAAAUAGGAUACACCGGUGAUCCGUUUACAGAAUGCAUACAAAAACAACCUGAUAUUCAACCAGAACCAUUAUCUCCAUGUUUACCAUCACCAUGUGGUUCCAAUGCUAUAUGCAAGGAACAAAAUGGUGUAGGAUCUUGUACAUGUGUAAAUAAUUAUAUCGGAAAUCCUUACGAAGGUUGUCGUCCAGAAUGUACGAUCAAUUCGGAUUGUUCGUCAAAUUUAGCUUGUAUAAGAUCUAAAUGUCAAAAUCCUUGUCCUGGUACAUGCGGUCAAAACGCUGAAUGUAGUGUCAUUAGUCAUUUGCCAAGUUGCACUUGCAUAUCUGGAUUUACGGGUGAUCCAUUUAAUUAUUGCCAUCCCCAGCCGCCAACUCCAAUUGUUGUCAAAGAACCAUGUAAUCCUUCCCCUUGUGGGCCCAAUAGUCAAUGCCGUGUGAUAAACAGUCAAGCAGUUUGUUCAUGCCUUCCUGAAUAUGUUGGUACUCCACCAAGUUGUAGACCAGAAUGUGUCAUGAGUUCAGAGUGUUCUCUAAAUCAAGCAUGUAAAAAUAAAAAAUGUGUGGAUCCCUGCAUUGGUACUUGUGGCGUUAAUACAAUUUGUAAAAUUGUUAGCCAUAGCCCAAUUUGUGCUUGUAAGAACGAAUUCACUGGUGAUCCUUUCACAGUUUGCUUCCCCAUGCCAAAGAAUCCAAUUGUAACGACACCGAUUCAAAACCCAUGUGUACCAUCCCCAUGUGGCCCAUAUUCGGAAUGCCGCGAUAUUGGAGGUUUCCCAUCAUGUGCAUGCUCUACAAAUUACAUAGGAAGCCCACCGAAUUGUAAACCAGAAUGCACGAUUAAUUCCGAAUGUACAAGUGACAGAGCAUGCAUGCAAGAAAAAUGUAGAGAUCCUUGUCCCGGUUCGUGUGGAUUGGGUGCUAUUUGCGAUGUGAUCAAUCAUACGCCAGUAUGUACCUGUCCCAAUGGUUUCACGGGUGAUCCUUUUAGUAAUUGCCAACCAAUGCCGAUCCAACCAAUUGAGGACACACAAGUUGAUCCUUGCAAUCCUACACCUUGUGGAACAAAUGCAGAAUGUAAUAAUGGUAUAUGUACUUGUUUAUUGGAUUAUCAAGGAGACCCAUACACUCUCUGUAGACCUGAAUGUGUUCUGAAUAAUGACUGUCCCUUUGAUAAAUCUUGCAUUCGUAAUAAAUGUACUGAUCCUUGUCCUGGUACAUGUGGACAGAAUGCAAUCUGUAAUGUGUACAAUCACAUACCUAUGUGUAGUUGUCCAGAAAGAAUGUCAGGAAAUGCUUUUGUCCUUUGUUCAGUUAUGUUAGAUAUUGAAAGAGAUCCUUGCAAACCAUCACCUUGUGGUCCAAACAGUCAAUGUCGAGUUAUUAAUAAUCAAGCAGUAUGUUCAUGCGUUCAAGGAUAUUUAGGAAGUCCACCAUCGUGCAGACCCGAAUGUGUUCUCAGUUCAGAUUGUCCAAGAAAUUUAGCUUGCAGUAAUCAGAAAUGUAUAGAUCCUUGUCUAGGUAGUUGUGGCAUUAGAACAAAGUGUCAAGUUGUCAAUCACAAUCCAAUAUGUAGUUGUCUGCCAGGACAUACAGGAGAUCCAUUUUCAAGAUGCACUUUAAUAAUUGAAGAACCAGUAAAAGUACCAACGAAUCCAUGUCAAUCAUCGGUUUGUGGUCCAAAUUCUCAAUGUCAGGUUGUAAACGAUUUACCUUCAUGUUCUUGUCUUCCCGAAUUUAUUGGAUCACCGCCGAAUUGUAGACCUGAAUGUAUCAGCAAUAGCGAAUGUAACAAUAAUCUUGCUUGCAUUAAUCAAAAAUGCAAAGAUCCUUGUCCAGGUUCUUGCGGUACCAACGCAGAUUGUCGUGUUGUGAGUCAUACACCUAUGUGUGUUUGUCACACUGGAUAUAGUGGUGAUCCAUUUACUCAGUGUGUCUUCAAAGAACCAUCAUUGAAUGAUCGUGUCACAUCUUGCAUACCGUCACCAUGUGGACCAAAUACCGUUUGUAAAGAACAAAAUGGUGCUGGUUCUUGCACAUGUUUAUCAGGAUAUAUUGGAAAUCCGUACGAAGGUUGUCGUCCAGAAUGUGUUCUUAAUUCUGAUUGUACAUCUGAUCUCGCAUGCGUUAGAACAAAAUGUCAGAAUCCAUGUCCUGGUGCAUGUGGACAAAAUACGAUGUGUAAUGUGAUUAAUCAUUUACCCGCGUGUACGUGUAUUCUUGGAUAUACAGGAAACCCGUUCCAAUAUUGUUCUCCAAUUUUGCAAAUCGAUACGGUUAAAAAAGAACCAUGCAAACCAUCCCCGUGUGGUCCGAACAGUCAGUGUCGUGAAAUAAACGAUCAAGCAGUUUGUACUUGUUUAUUGGGAUACUUAGGAAGUCCUCCAGGAUGUCGUCCAGAAUGUGUCAUGAAUUCGGAAUGUCCAUUUAACAGAGCUUGCGUUAAUCAAAAAUGUAUCGAUCCUUGCCCAAAACCUUGUGGUACAAAUACGAAUUGUGCUGCAUUAAAUCACAGCCCAAUUUGUACGUGCAAACAAGGAUAUACAGGAGAUCCUUUCACGAGAUGUUUCCUUUUGUCAACACCGUCCAUUAAUCCACCAAAACCACAGAAUCCAUGUUUCCCUUCACCUUGUGGACCGUAUGCGCAAUGUCGCGAAAUUGGUACUAUACCUUCGUGUUCAUGUCUUUCAAAUUACAUCGGUAGUCCACCAAAUUGUAGACCCGAAUGUACCAUUCAUUCUGAUUGUGCUAGUGACAAGGCAUGCAUUAACGAAAAAUGUCAGGAUCCUUGUCUCGGAUCCUGCGGUAUUUCAGCCAUUUGUACGGUCAUCAAUCAUACACCUUCGUGUUCUUGUCCAAAUGAUUACACCGGUGAUCCAUUCAAUAAUUGUUAUUUCAAACCCGAAGAAAAACCACAAUUAGAAGCAGAUCCUUGUUCCACAACCCCCUGUGGUCCAAAUGCAAUUUGUACCAAUGGACAAUGUAAAUGUUUACCUGAAUAUCAAGGAGAUCCAUACAUUGGUUGUAAACCUGAAUGCAUACUUAAUGCAGAUUGUGAUGCAUCCAAAGCAUGCGUACGAAACAAAUGCAUAGAUCCUUGUCCGGGUACUUGUGGUCAAAAUGCACAAUGUAAUAUUUACAAUCAUAUGCCUAUGUGUAGUUGUCCUUCCGGUAUGACAGGAAAUGCAUUCGUUUCUUGUAACCCUCUAAUAACAGGACCGGAGGAUCCUUGUAAUCCAUCACCAUGUGGACCAAAUAGUCAUUGUCGUGUAAUAAAUAAUCAACCAGUUUGUUCCUGUAUUAGUAAUUAUAUUGGAAUGCCACCAUCUUGUAGACCAGAAUGUAUCGUUAGUUCAGAUUGUACAAAAGAUCGAGCUUGUAGUAAUCAGAAGUGCAUAAAUCCUUGUCCAGGAACAUGCGGAAUAAAGGCAACGUGUCAAGUAAUAAAUCAUAAUCCAAUUUGUAGUUGUUCUCAAGGUUUCAUCGGUGAUCCUUUCGUAAGAUGCGAACCAAAACCUGAAGUACCAGAAAAACCUUUAAAUCCGUGUCAACCAUCACCCUGCGGACCUAAUGCGUUAUGCAAUGUAAUUAAUGAUUCUCCUUCCUGUUCUUGUUUGCCUGAUUUCGUUGGAGUUCCACCGAUGUGUAAACCCAUGUGUAUCAGUAAUAACGAAUGCGCCAAUAAUUUGGCAUGUAUCAAUUUCAAAUGCAAAGAUCCAUGUCCUGGUUCAUGUGGUAUGAACGCAGAGUGUCGUGUAGUAAGUCACACAGCUAUGUGUGUUUGUCUUGUUGGAUAUACCGGAGAUCCUUUCGUUCAGUGUGUUGAAAAACAACUUGAUGUGCCAUCUAUCGCACCAACCCCAUGCGUACCAUCACCAUGCGGAUCAAAUGCAAUUUGCAAAGAACAAUCAGGAGUAGGUUCUUGUACCUGUUUACCAAAUUAUAUAGGCAACCCUUACGAAGGUUGUCGUCCAGAAUGUGUCAUGAAUUCUGACUGUCCACCUACCCUUUCUUGCAUCGGAUCAAAAUGUCGUGACCCUUGCCCUGGUGCAUGUGGAACUAAUGCUGAAUGUCAAGUUGUCAAUCAUUUGCCGUCCUGUUCUUGUUUCGCUGGUUAUACUGGUCAACCUUAUGAAUUCUGUUCUUUAAUACAAAAUGAACCGUAUAAACCAUCAAAUCCUUGUUCUCCAUCACCCUGUGGACCAAACAGUCAAUGCCGAGUUAUUAACGAUCAAGCAGUUUGUUCAUGUUUGCCUGAAUACAUUGGUAGUCCACCAGGAUGUAGACCAGAAUGUGUUGGAAGUUCUGAGUGUCCUUUGAAGCAAGCAUGUGUGAAUCAAAAAUGCAUUAAUCCAUGUCCAGGUCCUUGUGGUUUAAAUACCGACUGUAAUGUCAUUCAUCAUAGUCCCAUAUGUGCAUGUAAACAAUCGUUUACAGGAGAUCCAUUUACUCAAUGUUACCCGAUGCAACAACCAAUUAUCACAUCAAUGUCCAUUUCGAAUCCAUGUAUUCCAUCACCAUGUGGACCAUAUUCCGAAUGUCGCGAUAUUGGUGGUUUAUCGUCAUGUUCUUGUUUACAAGAUUAUAUCGGUAGUCCACCUAAUUGUCGUGCUGAAUGUACUAUACAUUCAGAUUGUUCCACCGACAAAGCUUGUAUCAGACAAAAAUGUAAAAAUCCAUGCCCAGGAUCAUGCGGAAAUAAUGCAGAAUGUAACGUUUUCAAUCAUAUCCCUGCAUGUAGUUGUUCACAUGGAUUUACUGGUGAUCCAUAUACCAAUUGUUAUCCAAAGAUUACACCACAAUACGAACAAAUUUCCGAGGAUAAAUGUAAUCCUUCGCCAUGCGGAGCAAAUGCAGAAUGCAACAAUGGUGUUUGUUCAUGUUUAACAGAAUAUCGUGGUAAUCCUUAUAUCGCGUGUCGUCCAGAAUGUGUUUUAAACACAGAUUGUCCAACUGAUAAAGCAUGCGUACGUAACAAAUGCGUCAAUCCUUGUAUUGGUACGUGUGGUCAAAAUGCUAUCUGUACAGUCUACAACCACAUUCCUAUGUGCAGUUGUACACCUAACACAAGUGGAAAUGCUUUUGUCAUCUGCCUACCUGUUAAAGAACCCACAGUCACAGAUAAUCCAUGUAAUCCAUCACCAUGUGGUCCAAAUAGUUAUUGUCGAACGAUAAAUGGACAAGCUGUUUGUUCUUGUGUUCCUGGAUAUAAAGGAAGUCCACCAUCUUGUCGACCCGAGUGUAUCGUUAGUUCUGAUUGUGAUAAGGAUAAAGCUUGCAGUAAUUUACAAUGUAUCAAUCCUUGCAUCGGUACAUGUGGAAUUGGUGCACAAUGUCGUGUAGUAAAUCAUAAUCCCAUUUGUAGUUGUCUACCAAAUUUGUCUGGUGACCCAUUCGUAAGAUGUGAUCCUAUAUUGGAAACACCUCAAGUUUUCAUAAACCCAUGCAAACCAUCACCGUGUGGUUUGAAUGCAUUGUGUCAAGUAAUCAAUAAUUCCUCAUCCUGCGCCUGUAUGGAAGAACACAUAGGAUCUCCGCCAAAUUGUCGUCCUGAAUGUAUCAGCAAUGCUGAAUGUUCGAGUAAAUUAGCUUGCAUAAAUCAAAAAUGUAAAGAUCCUUGUCCUGGCUCUUGUGGGCCUAAUGCAGAAUGUCGAGUUGUAAGUCAUACACCAAUGUGUGCUUGUUCUGAGGGUUAUACUGGAGAUCCAUUCAUACAAUGUAACAUACAACCACUUAUACCUACCUCUCCCUGCACGCCAUCACCGUGCGGUUCGAAUGCCAUUUGCAAGGAACAAAACGGUGUCGGUUCGUGUACAUGUUUACCAGAAUUUAUUGGCAAUCCAUACGAAGGAUGUCGACCCGAGUGUAUAAUUAAUUCCGAUUGCCCAUCAAAUCUCGGUUGUAUAAGAUCCAAGUGUCAAAACCCAUGUCCUGGAACUUGUGGAUCAAAUGCCAAUUGUCAAGUUAUAAAUCAUUUGCCUACUUGUACUUGCGUACCUGGAUUUACCGGAGAUCCGUUCCGUUAUUGUCAACAAGUUCAAGAAAAGGAAGAAGAUCACACAAAUCCAUGUGAUCCAUCUCCUUGUGGUCCGAAUAGUCAAUGUCGUGUCAUUUCAAACAACGUUGUUUGCUCGUGUCUUCCUGAAUAUAGCGGAACUCCACCUUCGUGUCGACCAGAAUGCGUUAUGAGUUCUGAAUGUCCUUUCAAUAAAGCUUGCGUAAACAAAAAAUGCAUCAAUCCAUGUGCUAAAGCAUGUGGACAAAAUGCAGAUUGUUCGGUUAUCAAUCAUAAUCCUAUUUGUACAUGUAAAAGUGGACUUACCGGUGAUCCACUUACAAGAUGUUUCCCUAACUUACCUUCGCCAGUUGCAUUACCAACGAACCCAUGUAUACCAUCACCAUGCGGACCAUAUUCCGAAUGUCGAAAUAGUGCCGGAACACCUUCUUGUUCCUGUUUACCAACAUACAUUGGUACUCCACCUUAUUGUCGACCAGAAUGUGUUAUUAAUUCUGAUUGUCCAAGUGACAAAUCUUGCAUAAGGGAAAAAUGUUUGGACCCAUGUCCUGGUUCUUGUGGUACAUUCGCUCAGUGUUCAGUUUUCAAUCAUAUUCCCAUUUGUACUUGUCCAGAUGGUUACACAGGAGAUCCAUUUAGUAAUUGCGUAUUGCAACCACCAACACCAAGUUUACCAGCCGAUUUGUGCAAUCCUUCACCAUGUGGUCCAAAUACGAACUGCAAUGAAGGAAAAUGCACUUGUUUGGCAGAAUAUCAAGGAGACCCUUACGUGGGUUGUCGACCGGAAUGUGUUCUUAAUGCAGAUUGUUCUUUGGAUAAAGCAUGUUUGAGAAACAAAUGUGUUGAUCCUUGUAUCGGUACUUGUGGUCAGAAUGCACUUUGCAAUGUUUACAAUCAUAUACCAAUGUGUACUUGUCCAAUCGGUAUGACAGGAAAUGCAUUUUUAUCCUGUUUACCAUUCAGAGAUCCUGUUGUAAGUAAUCCUUGUAAUCCAACACCAUGUGGACCGAAUAGUCAGUGUCGUGAAAUUAAUGGUCAGGCAGUUUGUACUUGUCUUUCUGGAUUUUUGGGAAGCCCACCUACCUGCAGGCCAGAGUGUAUAACCAGUACAGAUUGUAGUCCUAGUGAAGCUUGUAUUAAUCAGAAGUGUAGAAAUCCUUGCAUUGGUACUUGUGGUAUCAAAGCUAUUUGUCAAGUGGUCAAUCAUAAUCCAAUUUGCAGUUGUCCAACUAGUUUAAGCGGUGAUCCUUUCGUUAGAUGUAUACCAAAACCUGAAACAACGAUAGUACAAAAAAAUCCUUGCACGCCAUCCCCAUGUGGUCCAAAUGCUCAGUGUCAAGUAAUUAACGACACCCCAUCGUGUUCCUGUUUGCCAGAAUUUAUUGGUACUCCACCAAAUUGUAGACCAGAAUGUGUGAGCAAUAACGAAUGCAAUAACAAUCUUGCAUGUAUCAAUCAAAAAUGCACGGAUCCAUGUCCUGGAUCGUGUGGAGCUAAUUCCGAAUGUCGUACAGUAUCCCAUACACCAAUGUGUACUUGUAUGGUUGGUUAUACCGGUGAUCCUUUCACUCAAUGUAUCGACAUUGUUCAACCACAAAUACCAAUGUACAUGCCACAAGUUUGUGUUCCAUCUCCCUGUGGGGCUAAUGCGAUUUGUAAAGAAAGAAAUGGUGUAGGUUCUUGUUCAUGUUUAUCAAAUUAUAUCGGCAAUCCUUACGAAGGGUGUCGUCCUGAAUGUACCAUUAAUUCAGAUUGCAUACCAAGCAAAGCAUGUGUUAAAUCACGUUGUCAAGAUCCUUGUCCUGGUACUUGUGGUCAGAAUGCUAUUUGCCAAGUUGUUAAUCAUAUAGCAAUGUGUACAUGCAUUCCCAAAUAUACUGGUGAUCCAUUCAGAUAUUGUUCCGAAGAGCCGAUAACAGAACUUUCGUCGGAUAUAAGUAAUCCUUGUCAACCAUCUCCAUGUGGACCGAAUAGUUUAUGCCGAGAAAAUAAUGGUCAAGCAGUUUGUACUUGUUUAGCAGAAUAUGUUGGUUCACCACCUGGAUGUAGACCAGAAUGUGUUGCUAGUACAGAAUGUGCUCCUAAUCGUGCAUGCGUCAAUCGUAAAUGUAUCGAUCCGUGUCCAAAUUCUUGUGGCAAGAAUUCAAUGUGUAAAGUCAUCAAUCAUAGUCCAUUGUGUUCUUGUCAAUCAGGAUUUACCGGAGACCCGUUCACAAUUUGUUUCCAACUUCCACGACCAUUAGAGCAACCACAAACAUCAAUUCAACAAGAUCCAUGUCUCUCAUCACCAUGUGGACCAUAUUCGGAAUGUCGUAGUAUUAGAGGCAAUCCAUCUUGCUCUUGUUUAGCCACAUUUAUUGGAACUCCACCUAAUUGUAGACCAGAAUGUACUAUACAUUCCGAGUGUUCUAGUAAUUUUGCUUGCAUACGUAGCAAAUGUUCAGACCCAUGUCCAGGUUCAUGCGGAGUUAAUGCUAAUUGUGCUGUAGUAAAUCAUAUACCGAUUUGCACUUGUCCCGAAGGAUAUACCGGUGAUCCAUUUAGUAUUUGUACUUUAAAACAAUCAACACCCGUAGAAUCUGUCGAUUCUUGCAAUCCUUCACCAUGUGGACCAAACACUAAUUGUUUGGAUGGCACUUGUACGUGUAUAUCUGAAUACGAAGGUGAUCCAUAUAUCGGUUGUCGACCAGAAUGUAUAUCCAACGCAGAAUGUCCACGAGACAAGGCAUGCAUUCGCAACAAAUGUUUCGAUCCGUGCAUAGGAACAUGUGGUUUCAAUGCGGAAUGCAAAGUAAUCAAUCAUGUGCCGAUGUGCAAUUGUCCAAUAGGAAUGACUGGAAAUGCUUUCAUUACAUGCAACCCACAGCAGGAUGAUACAGUAACUCGUCCUUGCGUACCUUCUCCAUGCGGGCCAAAUAGUCAAUGUCAAGAAAUAAAUGGAGUAGCUGUUUGCAAAUGUUUGUCAAAUUAUAUUGGAAAUCCACCAACGUGUCGCCCAGAAUGUACUUUGAGCUCUGAUUGCGAUCAAACUAAAGCUUGCAUUAAUCAGAAAUGCGAAGACCCAUGCCCAGGUUCAUGUGGAUUGAAAGCUGAAUGUUCAGUCGUAAAUCAUAAUCCGAUUUGUACUUGUCGUCAGGGUUAUACAGGUGAUCCAUUCACUGCAUGUAAUUUAAUUGUCGAAACAACAACUGCUUCCGUUAAUCCUUGUUAUCCGUCCCCAUGUGGUUUAAAUGCUCAAUGCCAAGUCAUAAAUCAACAACCCUCUUGUUCUUGUCUACCUGAAUUUUUGGGAUCACCACCUAAAUGUCGACCAGAAUGUACUACAAAUAGCGAUUGUCCAAGUAGACUUUCGUGUAUUAAUAGAAAAUGCAAAGAUCCUUGUCCAGGUUUAUGCGGUGCAAACGCAGAAUGUUAUGUCAAUAAUCAUAUAACUACUUGUACAUGUAGUCAAGGAUUUACUGGAGAUCCAUUCCUUCAAUGUACAACAGUUCAAAAUAUAGAACCAAUAGUAUCACCCUGUACACCAUCACCUUGCGGAGCAAAUGCAAUAUGUAAAGAACAAUCAGGAGUAGGAUCUUGUACUUGUUUACAAAAUUACAUAGGCAAUCCUUACGAAGGUUGUAGACCAGAAUGCGUUAUAAAUUCAGAUUGUCCUGCUAAUCGUGCUUGCAUACAAUCCAAAUGUCAAGAUCCUUGCCCUGGUGCGUGUGGUCAAAAUUCCCUUUGUCAAGUUAUAAAUCAUGCACCAACUUGUACGUGUAUACCAGGACACACAGGAGAUCCAUUCCGUUUCUGUAAUAUUGUUACAGAAUAUCCUGUAGUUGAGAAAAAUGAUCCUUGCAAUCCAUCACCUUGUGGACCAAACAGUGAAUGUCGUACAAAUGAAAAUCAAGCAGUUUGUUCGUGUCUUUCGAAUUAUAUUGGUUCACCGCCAGCUUGUAGGCCCGAGUGUAUAGUCAGUACAGAAUGUCCACUAAACAAAGCUUGUAUCAAACAAAAGUGUAUCAAUCCUUGUUCGAAUGUAUGCGGAAUCAACACUGAUUGUCGAGUUAUCAAUCACAGUCCAAUUUGCAUUUGCAAAAAUGGCUAUUCUGGAGAUCCUUUCACUGCUUGCUUCUAUUUAACUGUUUCACCAGAAAAAGUACCAGAUGUACAACAAGAUCCCUGUUUACCAUCGCCAUGUGGCCCGAAUUCUUUGUGCCAACCUGUUGGCCAAAUACCUUCUUGUACAUGUUCACAAAACUAUUUUGGUAGUCCACCAAAUUGUCGACCUGAAUGUACAAUUAAUUCAGAAUGUUCAAGUAAUAAGGCAUGCAUACAAAAUAAGUGCAGGGAUCCGUGUCCAGGAUCUUGUGGUUUUAAUGCUCAAUGUACGGUAUUCAAUCAUUUACCAAUAUGUUCUUGUUUCGAUGGAUACACGGGUGAUCCAUUUAAUAGUUGUCAUCAGCAACCACCACCCCAAUUGGAUGAAAUAGACGCCUGUAAUCCAUCCCCGUGUGGUAUUAACACACAAUGCGAAAAUGGUAUUUGUUCAUGCUUACCUGAAUAUUAUGGAGAUCCAACGACAGGUUGUCGCCCAGAAUGUGUUCUCAAUUCUGAUUGUUCUCGUGACAAAGCUUGCAUUAAUAAUAAAUGCAAAGAUCCUUGCAUAGGAACUUGUGCAAGCAAUGCAUUAUGCAACGUCAUUAAUCACAUUCCCAUGUGUAGUUGUCCAACUAAUUACGAAGGAAAUGCUUUUGUUUAUUGUCAUUCCGUUCAAGCUUCUGUUUUAACUUCACCGUGUACACCAUCACCUUGUGGACCAAAUAGUCAAUGUCGUAUCAGUAAUGAUCAAGCAGUAUGUAGUUGUGUUUCUGGUUACAUUGGAACACCUCCCAUGUGUAGACCUGAAUGUAUCGUUAGUACAGAAUGUCCACCUAACGAGGCAUGUACAAAUCAAAAAUGUAGGAAUCCUUGCAUCGGAAGUUGUGGUGUUGGUUCAAAAUGCAUCGUGAAAAAUCAUAAUCCCAUUUGUUAUUGUCCGGAUCGUUACACGGGAGAUCCAUUCGUACGAUGUAGUCCAAUCCCGGAAUUACCACCAGUACAAGUGAAUCAUUGUCAACCAACACCUUGCGGGCCGAACAGCAUAUGUCAAAUAAUCAAUGAUUCUCCAUCGUGUUCUUGUUUGCCAAAUUAUAUUGGUUCUCCACCACAAUGUAGACCUGAGUGUGUUAGCAAUAGUGAAUGUCUUAGUCAUCAAGCAUGUAUAAAUCAAAAAUGCAAAGAUCCGUGCACUGAUUCGUGCGGAGUCAAUGCAGAAUGUCGAACAAUUAGUCACACACCAAUGUGCUUCUGUCCUGUUGGAUACACUGGAGAUCCAUUUGUACAAUGUAUCACUAAACCGAUCGAAGGCAAUUUGAUGCAAAUAAAUCCAUGUUUACCAUCACCAUGUGGUUCCAAUGCCGUAUGCGUUCAACGCAAUGGCGCAGGCUCGUGUUCUUGUCUAUCCACUUACACUGGAAACCCAUACGAAGGAUGUAGACCCGAAUGCGUUCUUAAUUCUGAUUGUACACAAAACAAAGUAUGCACCAACUCCAAAUGCAUUGAUCCGUGUCCUGGAACUUGUGGCAGCAAUGCGAAUUGUAACGUUGUAAACCAUAUUGCAACGUGUUCUUGUCUUCCUUCUUACACCGGUGAUCCCUACCGAUAUUGUUUCAUAAAACCAAUGGAUACAGCUGUAGACAAGACAGAUCCAUGCAAUAAUGCGGAAUGUGGUCCGAAUAGUAAAUGUAGAGUAGUUAAUGAAGUUGCUGUAUGUUCUUGUUUGCCAACAUAUGUUGGUAGGCCACCUGCAUGUAGACCUGAAUGCGUAUCAAAUUCUGAUUGUCCAACAACUCAAUCGUGCGUGAAACAAAAGUGUACGAAUUUGUGUCCAACCUCUUGUGGAUUAAACACUGAUUGUAGAGUUAUUAAUCAUGCACCUUUGUGCACCUGUUCUAUGGGCUAUACUGGCGAUCCAUUUACAGUUUGUUUCCCAAUACCUUUGACUGUUCCUACACAGCAAGAUAUUGCAUUAAGAGACCCUUGCAUUCCAUCUCCAUGUGGUCCUUACGCAGAAUGUCAAAAUACAGGAGGAUUACCCUCUUGUGCUUGUUUAUCGACAUACAUAGGUAGUCCACCAAACUGUCGACCAGAAUGCACUAGUAAUUCCGAUUGUUCUUCGAAUAAUGCUUGUAUACAACAAAAAUGUAAAGAUCCUUGCCCAGGAUCAUGCGGUACCAUGUCAGAAUGUAAAGUUCUCGAUCACAUUCCAAUUUGUUCUUGCAUCAAUGGUUAUACUGGCGAUCCCUUUAGAGCAUGUUAUCCUCAACAACCCGAACCUGUAUACGUUGAUCCAUGUGCACCAUCUCCAUGUGGAGCUAAUGCAAAAUGUAUAGAUGGUGCCUGUACUUGUUUAGACGAAUAUUUCGGUGAUCCAUAUGCUGGUUGUCGACCAGAAUGCAUUUUAAAUACCGAUUGUAAUUCAUUGAAGGCAUGUGUACGAAAUAAAUGCAUUGACCCAUGUAUCGAAACUUGCGGACAAAACGCUUUAUGCAAAGUUUAUAAUCACGUUCCAAUGUGCAGUUGCCCAUUAGGAAUGUCAGGAAAUGCAUUUGUUUUAUGUUCCCCUAUCCAAGCACCUACGAUCAGUGAUCCAUGUAAUCCGUCCCCAUGUGGACCUAAUAGUCUUUGCAAACAACAUAAUUUCCAUGCAACGUGUACUUGCAUUAAGGGCUACAUAGGUGCACCACCAACUUGUCGACCAGAAUGUGUCGUUAGUUCAGAUUGUGCACCGAACGAAGCCUGUAGCAAUCAAAAAUGUAUCGAUCCGUGUCCUGGAAGUUGUGGUCGCAAUACCAUUUGCAAUGUUAUCAAUCACAAUCCUAUUUGUUCAUGUCUAUCAGGAAUGUCUGGUGAUCCAUUUAUCAAUUGUUCCCCAAUUCCAACGAAGCCUGAAAUUUCAAUAAAUCCAUGCUUACCAUCUCCAUGUGGUCCAAAUGCAAAAUGCGAAAUAAUCAACGACAAUCCGUCUUGCUCUUGUUUGCCUGAAUUCAAUGGAUCCCCACCAAAUUGUCGUCCAGAAUGUAUUAGCAAUUCCGAAUGUUCAAGUCGAUUGGCGUGCAUAAAUCAAAAAUGUAGAGAUCCUUGUAUUGGCUCAUGUGGUGCUAAUGCCAUAUGUAACGUAGUCAGUCAUACACCAAUGUGUGCAUGUUCAGCUGGUUACACUGGUGAUCCAUUCACUCAAUGUUUACCAGAACGAUUUGAUGUACAAACGGACAAACAAACUCCAUGUACACCAUCUCCAUGCGGUGCUAAUGCAAUAUGUCGUGAGCAACAAAAUAUUGGCUCUUGUAGUUGUUUAUCAGAAUAUAUUGGUAAUCCUUACGAAGGAUGUAGACCAGAAUGUAUCCUCAAUUCAGAUUGUCCAUCGAACAGAGCUUGUAUCAAUAUGAAGUGCAAAGAUCCUUGUCCCGGAAUGUGUGCACAGAAUGCCAAUUGUUAUGUAAUCAAUCAUGCAGCAACUUGUACUUGCCUUGAACAAUAUACUGGAGAUCCUUUUAUAAAUUGCAAUCCCAUAUUACCAACACAGGCAGAUUCUGUUGACACGUGUCAAUCUAAUCUAUGCGGUCCAUAUUCUCAAUGUAAAGAAAACAACGGACAAAUAUCUUGCAGUUGUUUAUCAACGUACAUAGGUGUACCACCUAAUUGUAGACCAGAAUGUACGAUUAGUACUGAUUGUCCAUCUAAUCAAGCAUGUAGAAAUAAAAAGUGCAUUGAUCCUUGUCUCGAUUCUUGCGGUCUCUAUACAACAUGUAAAGUGAUCAAUCAUAAUCCCAUAUGUUCUUGUAAAUCAGGAUAUACUGGAGAUCCAUUUACUAUCUGUAUUUUCUUAUCACCAAAACCACAAUUUGAACCCGAAAAGGAUCCUUGCAUUCCAUCACCGUGUGGUCCAAAUUCGCAUUGUCGUAACAUCAAUAAUUCACCAUCUUGUUCUUGUAUGCAAAAUUAUAUUGGUUCUCCUCCACAAUGUAGACCCGAAUGCACAACGUCAACCGAUUGUGCAAGUAAUUUAGCUUGCAUACAACAGAAAUGUCAAGAUCCUUGUCCUGGAUCUUGUGGUCUCAAUGCUGUUUGCACAGUUCAUAAUCAUUUACCAAUUUGUUCAUGUUACGAAAGUUACACGGGAGAUCCAUUUGUCAGCUGUCAAUAUAAACCAAUCACUCAAGUCCCAUUGGAAAAUGAUGUCUGCAAUACGUGUGGUCCUAACAGUGAAUGUAAACAAGAAACAUGUGUUUGCAUAGCCGAAUAUUACGGUGAUCCUUACGUAGGUUGCCGACCUGAAUGUGUGCUAAGUUCAGAUUGUGCAAUUAACAAAGCAUGCAUUCGAAACAAAUGUAUAGAUCCUUGUAUUCAGACAUGUGGACAAAAUGCUAUUUGCAAUGUCUUUAAUCAUGUUCCAAUGUGUAGUUGUCCAUAUGGUACAACUGGUAAUGCCCUUAUUUUGUGUCAGACUACCAAAGCUCCAGCCAUUAAAACACCGUGUCAACCAUCACCAUGUGGUCCCAAUAGUAUUUGUCAUUCUUUCAAUGAUCAAGCAGUAUGCGCUUGCUUACCUAAUUAUCUCGGAACACCACCAAUGUGUAGACCCGAAUGUACCAUCAAUUCGGAUUGUAGAAUAAAUCAAGUUUGUAGAAAUCAAAAAUGCGAAGAUCCCUGUCCAGGAACAUGUGGUUUGCAAGCAAAAUGUAUCGUAGUCAACCAUAAUCCAAUUUGUUCUUGUCCUGAACGCUAUACAGGAAAUCCUUUCAUCCAAUGCGAUAUUAUAAACGAAGUUUACAAGCCAAUUGUAAAUCCUUGUCAACCAUCACCAUGUGGUCCGUACGCUAUCUGUCAAGUUGUCAAUGAGUCACCCUCUUGCUCGUGCCUUCCCGAAUACAAAGGCUCACCACCAAAUUGUAAACCCGAGUGCAUAUCUAAUUCUGAAUGCCCCGCCAACCAAGUUUGCAUAAAACAAAAGUGUACAAAUCCGUGCCCAAGUUUGUGCGGUACAAAUGCAGAAUGCCAUGUUGUUCAUCACGUUGUACAUUGCGUAUGUCCGAACAGUUAUACCGGAGACCCAUAUACCAGCUGUUCGUUUAUAAUAUAUCAUCCAGAAUCAUCUCCCUGUUCCGAAGGUAUUUGCGGUACGAAUGCCAUAUGCAAAGAACAAAAUAAAGUUGGUGUUUGUUAUUGCCCACCUGAUUAUAUUGGUAACCCGUACGAAGAAUGUAGACCUGAAUGUGUUAUCAAUCCUGAUUGUCCAUCUAAUCAGAUGUGCGUACAAAAUAAAUGUCGAGAUCCUUGUCCCGGCAUGUGUGGUCAAAAUGCUGAAUGCGCAGUUGUCAAUCAUCAACCAUUCUGUACUUGUCGUCCAGGAUACACUGGUGAUCCAUUCUCUUUCUGUAAUCUUGAUACAUUUAUGGAGGAAAAGAAUGUUUGUUCCCCAUCACCUUGUGGUCCAAAUAGUCAAUGCAAAAAUAUAUCUGGUCAACCGGUAUGUUCCUGUUUACCAACCUAUGUUGGUAAUCCACCUGGCUGUCGACCCGAAUGCGUUGUUAGUUCCGAUUGUCCGUCUCAACUUGCAUGCAAGGAUCACAAAUGUAUCAACCCUUGUCCAAGCCCAUGUGGAUUAAACACAAAGUGUAUUGUUGUCAAUCACAGUCCAAUUUGUAGUUGUGCACCUGGAUACAGUGGUAAUCCUUUCACAGUGUGCACAGCAAUACCAUCUGUAACAAUGCCUAGCGUUGUUGAUAAAGACCCUUGUGUGCCAUCCCCUUGCGGCCGAUUCUCUCAAUGUAAAAACAUUGGCGGUACACCUGCAUGUACAUGUUUAGAAACAUACAUUGGACAACCACCAAAUUGCAAACCUGAAUGUACCAUCAAUUCCGAAUGUGCAAGUGACAAGGCUUGCUUUGAAACAAAAUGUAGAGAUCCCUGUCCUGGUUCAUGUGGUUCAGGUGCUAUUUGUGCUGUAGUUAAUCAUAUUCCAAUGUGUACGUGUCCCACAGGAUACACCGGAGAUCCAUUUACUCUUUGCCGAUUAUUACCUGCAACACCACCAACAAUUAUACCUGCUGAUUUAUGUAAUCCAUCGCCAUGUGGUCCAAAUGCAAAAUGUUCCAACGGUACCUGUACUUGUCUACCAGAUUUCCAAGGCAACCCAUAUCAAGAAUGUAGACCAGAAUGUGUCCUUAAUUCAGAUUGCUUACGAGACCAAGCCUGUUCUAGAAACAAAUGUAUAAAUCCAUGUGUGGGAGCUUGUGCAGCCAAUGCCCUAUGUAAUGUUAUCAAUCAUAUACCUAUGUGUAGUUGUCCUGGAAAUAUGACUGGCAAUGCAUUUAGUCAAUGCAUACCUGUACAAGGUCUACCUCCUAUUAAUCCAUGCAGCCCUGGACCUUGUGGCCCUAAUAGUGAAUGUCGUGUAGUAAAUGGACAAGCUGUAUGUUCAUGCAUAAAAGGAUAUUUAGGAAUUCCACCAACUUGUAGACCAGAGUGUAUAGUCAGCACUGAUUGUCCACAAAAUGAAGCUUGUAACAAUCAAAAAUGCGUAGACCCUUGUCCUGGAUCUUGUGGAAUAGAAGCUUCAUGCAAUGUUGUUAAUCAUAAUCCAAUCUGUAGUUGUCCAUUGCGUUAUACCGGUGAUCCUUUCGUACGCUGUAUGGUUUUAUUGGAACAACAACCACCAAUAGAUCCGUGCCAACCAUCGCCCUGUGGCCCUAAUUCUCAAUGCCAAGUAAUUAACAAUUCACCUUCGUGUUCGUGUCUUCCUGAAUUUUCGGGAUCACCACCAAAUUGUAGACCAGAAUGCAUUAAUAAUAACGAAUGCAUUACUCAAUUGGCUUGCAUUAAUCAAAAAUGUAAAGACCCAUGCAUUGGGGCUUGUGGUUCCAAUGCAAACUGCCAUGUUGUAAGUCAUACACCAAUGUGCACCUGCAUGAAUGAAUAUACUGGCGAUCCUUUCACUCAAUGUACAUAUAAAGCGCCCUCGCUACUUCCUGAACCAGGACCAUGUGAUCCAUCUCCUUGUGGUUCAAAUGCAAUUUGCAAAGAACUCAAUCGAGUAGGCUCGUGUGUUUGCUUACCCGGUUAUAUGGGCAACCCUUACGAAGGUUGUCGGCCCGAAUGUAUUCUAAAUUCUGACUGUUCUGCAAAUAAAGCUUGCAUCAAUUCCAAAUGUACAGACCCAUGUCCUGGAACUUGCGGAUUAAACGCCGAAUGUCAAGUAAUCAAUCAUUUACCAAUUUGUAAUUGUUAUCCCCGGCACACUGGCAAUCCAUUUACGUCUUGUAAACCAAUAGAAAUGGAUGUUCAAGAUGCAAUUAGCAAACCUUGCAAUCCUUCACCGUGUGGACCAAAUAGCGAAUGUCGCGUUGUAAACGGACAAUCAGUUUGUACAUGUUUAGCCAAUUUUAUAGGAGUUCCACCAAGAUGUCGUCCCGAAUGUUCAGUUAGUGCCGAAUGUUCACCUACCUUAGCUUGCAUAAAUAGAAAAUGCAAGGACCCCUGUCUUGGCUCGUGUGGUCUAAAUGCUAGAUGUGAAGUUAUCAAUCAUAAUGCAAUAUGUUCAUGUCAACCUGGAUUUAUGGGUGAUCCGUUUAUUUCCUGCUUUAACAUUCCAACUGACAGACCCACCGAAACACUUCCACCUUAUGUUAAUCCAUGUGUUCCCUCACCUUGUGGUCCAUAUUCUGAAUGCCGUGACAUUAAUGGACAAGCAUCCUGCGCAUGUUCACCAAAUUAUAUAGGAGCACCACCUAAUUGUCGACCAGAAUGUAUUAACAAUUCAGAAUGUCCAAGUAAUGAAGCAUGUAUUCAAAAGAAAUGUCAGUAUCCUUGUAAUGGCGUAUGCGGAAUCGGAGCAACGUGUUCUGUUAUCAAUCAUAUACCAGUAUGUACCUGUCCAGAUAAAUUCAGUGGUGAUCCAUUCGUUAAAUGUAUUCCAAAAAUUGAAGAUGACCAAACGGAUAAACAAAAUCCAUGCGCACAGUGUGGUGCAAACACUCAAUGCAUUAAUGAAAUUUGCAUUUGUUUACCGGAAUAUCAAGGAGAUCCUUACUUGGGAUGUCGUCCAGAAUGUGUAUUGAAUUUCGAUUGUCCAAGAGAUAAAGCUUGUAUUAAUAACAAAUGUAGAAACCCGUGUACAGGAAUCUGUGGCAGGGAUGCCAUUUGUUCUGUUGCAAAUCAUGUUCCUAUUUGUACUUGUCAAUCGGGAAUGUCAGGCAAUCCAUUUGUUUUAUGUUCACCUGUAGAAGCAUCCGUAGAAAAAGAUCCAUGCAAUCCUUCACCAUGUGGAUCGAAUAGUCAAUGCAAGAAAAUAAACGACCAAGCAGUUUGCUCUUGCAUUCCUGGAUAUUUGGAUUCCCCACCAAAUUGUAGACCCGAAUGUAUAAUCAGUUCGGAUUGUUCAUCAAACAUGGCAUGUAAUAAUCAAAAAUGCAUAGAUCCAUGCCGUGGAACCUGUGGUAUUAGAGCACAAUGUUUGGUAGUCAAUCACAAUCCAAUUUGUAGUUGUCCCGCAGAUUUAACAGGAGAUCCAUUUACCAUGUGCAUUUUCAUACCAGAGAAACAACCUGACAUUACUAAUCCUUGUGAACCAUCACCAUGCGGAGCAAACAGUCAGUGUCGUGUCGUAAACGAUGCACCAUCUUGUUCUUGUUUACCAGAAUUCAUAGGAUCACCUCCCAAUUGUAAACCAGAAUGCAUUAGCAACAGUCAAUGUUCUACACAAUUGGCUUGUAUCAAUCAAAAAUGUCGAGAUCCUUGCCCAGGUUCUUGCGGUGUUAAUGCAGAAUGUAGAGUAAUAAGUCAUACACCUAUGUGUGUGUGUAGUUCAGGAUUUGUUGGUGAUCCAUUUGUACAAUGUACUGCUAGAAAACCUGAAGAAGACACAAGUAUGAAAGUAACGCCAUGUCUACCAUCACCAUGUGGAUCUAAUGCACUAUGCCGUGAAUUAAAUGGUGUUGGUUCUUGUUCGUGUUUACCAAAUUACAUUGGAAAUCCUUACGAAGGCUGUCGUCCUGAAUGUAUUAUUAACAGUGAUUGCAUUGCCGAUCAAGCAUGCAUUAGAUCAAAAUGUCAAAAUCCAUGUUCAGGUUUCUGUGGUCAAAAUUCCGUUUGCCAAGUAGUUAAUCAUGCACCUUUGUGCACUUGUCAAAGUGGAUACACUGGUAAUCCAUUCCUGUAUUGUAACAUUGUAGAAGAAACGCCAAAACCAACAGAUCCAUGUGUUCCUUCACCCUGCGGUCUUAACAGUCAAUGUCGCGUAUCAAACAAUCAAGCAAUUUGUAGUUGUUUGCCUACAUUUAUUGGAGCACCACCUGCAUGUCGUCCAGAAUGUACUGUUAGUUCUGAUUGUUCUACAAACCGUGCAUGUAAAGAUCGUAAAUGUAUAGAUCCAUGCCCAGGAAUUUGUGGUAUUAAUGCAAGAUGUGAAGUAAUCAAUCACAGCCCUAUCUGUAGUUGCAAAGUAGGUUCAACUGGUGAUCCAUUUGUAAGAUGUUUCGAUCUUGCACCACCACUUAGUCCACGACCUGAACCAAUAAAUCCAUGCGUACCAUCACCUUGCGGUCCAUUCUCCAUAUGUCAAGAUAGUAAAAACAGUGGAAUACCUACAUGUACCUGUAUGGAAAAUUAUAUAGGCAGCCCACCCAAUUGUCGUCCAGAAUGUACAAUAGAUUCUGAAUGUAUUAGUAGUAGAGCAUGUUUGAGACAGAAAUGUACAGAUCCUUGUCCUGGUUCUUGCGGUAUCGGAGCUAAUUGUUAUGUAAUCAACCACAUGGCAAUGUGUGUAUGUCCCAAUGGUUAUACAGGAGAUCCCUUCGUCAAUUGUAUCUUAGAACCAGAACCUACACCUGAUUUACAAGAUCCUUGCCGUCUGUCACCAUGCGGUUCGAAUGCAAUAUGCCAUAACGGCACGUGUACCUGUCUACCGGAGUAUCAUGGUGAUCCAUAUUAUGGAUGCCGUCCUGAAUGUGUACAAAAUCCAGAUUGUUUAUUAGAUAAAGCUUGCGUUCGGAAUAAGUGUUCUGAUCCAUGCUCAGAAGCAUGUGGCAAAAAUGCACAAUGUAUUGUAAUAAAUCAUACUCCAAUGUGCAGUUGUCCUGAUGGAAUGUCAGGAAACGCAUUUGCUGCGUGUUAUCCCGUAAAAGACCCAGAAAUUGUCCAACCAUGUAAUCCAUCCCCAUGCGGACCAAACAGCAGAUGUCAAGAAUUUAACGGGCAAGCCGUUUGUUCUUGCGUUUCCGGAUAUAUUGGAAAUCCUCCAGCAUGUCGACCCGAGUGUACUGUUAACACUGAUUGUGCAUUAAAUGAAGCUUGCAUAAAUAUGAAAUGCAAAGAUCCUUGUCCAGGCUCGUGUGGUAUAUCAGCUCGUUGUCAAGUUAUUAAUCACAAUCCUAUUUGUAGUUGUGCACCCAUAUUUACCGGAGAUCCAUUUGUUCGUUGUAUACCUAAACCCGAUGAAGUACCACAAACUUUAAAUCCAUGUCAACCAUCACCUUGCGGUCCUAAUUCUCAUUGUCAAGUUCGAAACAACGCACCAUCGUGUUCUUGCAAAGAUGGAUUCAUUGGCACACCACCUAAUUGCCGACCCGAAUGUAUUAGUAACAGUGAAUGCAGUAAUUACUUGUCAUGUAUCAAUCGCAAAUGCGUUGAUCCAUGUCCAAGUUCUUGCGGUGUAAAUGCUGAAUGUCACGUAUUAAAUCAUAUACCCACGUGUACUUGCCUUUAUGGUUAUACUGGUGAUCCAUUUAUACAAUGCACAGUUAAACAAACCGAAUCACCACAAUUGAAUCAACCAUGUCAACCAUCUCCUUGCGGAGUAAAUGCAGUUUGUAGACAACUUCAAGGAGUUGCUACUUGUUCAUGUUUACCUGAAUACAUAGGAAACCCUUACGAGGGAUGUCGUCCUGAAUGUUCAAUCAACUCUGACUGUCCUUCUAAUUUAGCUUGUGUUAAAUCUAAAUGUACAAAUCCAUGUCCUGGUACUUGUGGUUCCAACGCAGACUGUCAAGUUGUCAAUCAUUUACCUAUUUGUACUUGUUUGCCGCAAUACACUGGAAAUCCAUACACAAAUUGUUUCUACGAAAUGGUAGAACCUACCGAUAAAGAACAAGAUCCAUGUAGUUCACCUGUUUGUGGCCCUAAUAGCAGAUGUCAAAAUAUUAACGAUCAAGCCGUUUGUUCAUGUUUACCAGAAUUUAUAGGAACUCCACCGAACUGUAGACCCGAAUGCGUAAUUAAUUCAGAAUGCGAUUCGAAAUUAGCAUGUAUUAAAAAUAAAUGCGUAGACCCAUGUCCUGGAACUUGCGGACGCAAUUCUCAAUGCAAAGUUAUACGUCACAGUCCUAUUUGUAGUUGUGCAUUCGAUAUGACGGGUGAUCCUUUCGUUUACUGCUUUUCAGCACCAAAACCGGAUGAUGUAUAUCCCAAAGAUCCAUGUACCCCAUCCCCUUGUGGGCCUAAUGCAAUGUGUAAAACCAUUAACGAUGUACCAGUAUGCAGUUGUAUGAAUAAUUACAUUGGGAUACCACCUAAUUGUCGCUCGGAAUGUUCCAUAAAUUCAGAUUGUCCUGCCAAUAAAGCUUGCAUGAGAGAAAAAUGUAGAGACCCAUGUCCUGGAUCUUGUGGUCUUUAUGCACAAUGUUCAGUUGUUAAUCAUACACCAGUAUGUACAUGUCCUGAAGGUUACACUGGUGAUCCUUUCGAUAACUGCUAUCCCAAACCUGAAACAAACAAAGAUGAACAAACUGAUCCUUGCAAAGAAUCAUUGUGUGGAUCAAAUACUCAAUGUAAUGAAGGUAUUUGCAUGUGUCUACCAGAAUAUUUUGGAAAUCCAUACGUUGGUUGCCGUCCCGAGUGUGUUGUUAAUACAGAUUGCUCUCGUAAUAAAGCUUGCAUACAACAUAAAUGUCAAAACCCUUGUAUCGGUGUCUGUGGCAUUAAUGCUGAAUGCAAUAUCGUUAAUCAUUUGCCUAUGUGCAGUUGCCCAGAAAAUAUGUCCGGUAAUGCGUUCAUAUCUUGCACUCCUAUCGAAGACGUAACAGCAAAGAAUCCUUGCAAUCCAUCCCCGUGUGGCCCGAACAGUCAUUGCAAUGAAGUUAAUGGUGUUGCUGUAUGCGCAUGCAUCACUGGUUUCAAAGGAACACCACCUUCCUGUAGACCAGAAUGCGUUGUAAGCUCUGAUUGUUCUCGUAACAGAGCUUGUAAUAAUCAGAAAUGUAUCGAUCCAUGCGCAGGAGCCUGCGGAAUAUCCGCAGAAUGUGUUGUUAUCAAUCAUAAUCCUAUAUGCAGUUGUCCAGCGUCAUAUAUAGGAGAUCCAUUUAUAAAAUGCAUACCUCAACAAUUAGAAUCAAAACCUCCAGUAAAUCCUUGUCUACCAUCACCUUGCGGACCCAAUUCAUUGUGCCAAGUUUUAAAUAAUGCACCAUCGUGUUCUUGCCUUCCCGAAUAUAAUGGAAGCCCACCAAAUUGUAAACCCGAAUGUAUUAGCAAUAACGAAUGUCCAAUUCAGCAGGCAUGUAUCAAUAGGAAAUGUAGAGAUCCUUGUCCAGGAUCAUGUGGAAUUAAUGCAGAAUGCAGUACAGUCAGUCAUAUUCCCAUAUGCUCAUGUACCAAUGGUUUCACUGGUAAUCCAUUUGCACAGUGCUACCCGCAACAAUUAUAUGAAGUACCUAAGUUACCUGAUUUGUGUCGAGAAAUAUCAUGCGGCACAAAUGCUAAAUGUCGUAUAUCACACGAGACGGCAUUCUGUUCGUGUCUACCUGAAUUUUAUGGAAACCCAUACGAAGGUUGUCGACCCGAGUGCGUUGUUAAUUCCGAUUGUGCUCUUAAUCAAGCAUGUGUACGUAAUAAGUGUCAAGAUCCCUGUCCCGGAACAUGCGGCUUGAAUGCUGUUUGUUACACCAUCAAUCAUAUACCAUCUUGUAAUUGUCAAUCUGAGUAUACUGGUGAUCCAUUCACUCGUUGUAAUCCUAUCGGACAAUAUUUAACGCCAAGUAUCAAAGACCCGUGCGAUCCUUCUCCAUGUGGACCAAACAGUCAAUGUCUUAAUACCAAUGGAAAAGCUAGUUGUUCAUGUUUGUUAAAUUACAAAGGAGCUCCACCAAAUUGUAGACCAGAGUGUGUUGUCAGCACAGAAUGUCCUAUAAACCGAGCGUGCAUGAAUCAAAAAUGCGUUGAUCCUUGUCCUGGUGUAUGUGGAAUAGAAGCCCGAUGUGAAACCAUCAAUCAUAGUCCUAUUUGCAGUUGCGGUAGCGAUAAAACUGGAGAUCCAUUUGUCAGAUGCUUUGACAUAUCUUUGACAAUUGAUUUUCCGCAACCUGGAAACCCGUGCAUACCAUCCCCAUGCGGACCAUUUUCAUUAUGUCAAAAUUAUAAAGAUUUCCCAUCAUGUUCCUGUUUGCAAGAUUAUAUAGGUACACCACCCAAUUGCCGUCCAGAAUGUUCAAUAAAUUCUGAUUGCAUUAGUAACAAAGCUUGCAUUAGAAACAAAUGCAAGGACCCAUGUCCUGGAUCUUGUGGAACAAAUGCUAUUUGUACCGUUAUAAAUCAUACCCCAUCUUGUACUUGUCCAAAUGGAUAUUCCGGGGAUGCAUUUACCAACUGCGUUCUUGUUCCAAUAUUUGGAGCACCCGAAUUACCUGACCCAUGUCAUCCAUCUCCCUGUGGAUUGAACGCUAUAUGUAAUAAUGGACUUUGUGAAUGUAUAAACGAAUAUCAUGGUGACCCAUAUCAAGAGUGUAAGCCAGAAUGUAUACAAAAUCCUGAUUGUCCAUUCAAUAGGGCAUGCAUAAAUAACAAAUGUGUCGAUCCUUGUGUUGGAAUUUGUGGUCAAAAUGCAGAAUGCACUGUCAUUAAUCAUAUUCCAACAUGUAGCUGUCUCCAACAAUAUGAGGGUGAUCCUUUCAGUAUCUGUAAACGCGUACAACCCCGUAAAACACCUUGCAAUCCUUCACCGUGUGGACCCAAUAGUGUAUGUCACGAAUUCGGGGAACAAGCAUCUUGCUCUUGUCUUCCUGGUUAUAUUGGAGUACCACCAAGUUGUAGAUCGGAAUGCGUUGUUAGUUCUGACUGUGAACAAGACAAAGCUUGUAUCAAUAACAAAUGUCAAAAUCCUUGCGAAAAUGCUUGUGCUUAUAAUGCAUUAUGUUCGGUUCGUAAUCAUAAUGCCAUUUGUAGCUGUCCUCAACAAUACACCGGUGAUCCAUUCGUCAAUUGUUUCCGAAUGAACCCGCCAUACGAAGAACCUUCAAGAAAUCCAUGCAAACCAUCGCCAUGUGGAUCAAACGCACAAUGCACAGUAUCAAACGAGCAGAAAAUUUUAUGUACCUGUUUACCCAACUUCAUAGGAUCACCACCAAAUUGUAGACCUGAGUGCAUUAUAAAUACCGAUUGUCCAGCCAAUCAAUCGUGCAUCAAUAAAAAAUGCAGUGACCCUUGUGUUGGAUUAUGUGGUAUUAAUGCAAUUUGCCAAGUUACCCUUCACCAAACUCGUUGUGAUUGUCUCGAAGGAUACACCGGAGACCCACUUAGAAUGUGUUCCGUAUUUUUGAUGAUGGCUAAACCACCGUCGAAUUUAAGUCCAUGCAGUCCAUCACCGUGUGGUUCCAACGCUUAUUGUCGAGAAAUAAACAACAUUGCUGUUUGCGAAUGUAUACCAGAUUACAGAGGUGAUCCUUAUCUUGGUUGUCAACCAGAAUGUUUAUUGAACACCGAUUGUCCAAAAUCUCAAGCGUGCAUCAGAACGAAAUGUCAAGAUCCUUGCAUCGGUACUUGUGGAAUAAACGCCAUUUGUACUGUGUCAAAUCACAUACCCAUCUGUUCUUGUCGAUCACCAACCAUCGGUGAUGCAUUCACUCAUUGCUUUAUGCCAGAAGAACCAAUCAGAACAAAUCCGUGCCAUCCUUCACCAUGCGGACCAAACACUAUCUGUGAAACGUUACGAGAUACAGCAAUUUGCAAGUGUCUUCCUGGAAUGUUAGGUACACCAACAGAUAUAACAGGUUGUCGUCCAGAAUGCGUCGUUAGUUCUGAAUGUCCAGUUGAUAAAGCGUGCGUGAAUAACAAAUGCAUUAAUCCGUGUUCGUUGAAUGUAUGCGGAAUCAAAGCAACCUGUAAAGUACUCAAUCAUAGUCCAUUAUGCAGUUGUAUUCCACCAUUGAUUGGUAAUCCAUUUACCGAAUGUUAUCAACAAACUGAAAUCGAUCCGUGCAGUUCAUCUCCAUGCAAUUACAAUGGCGAAUGUAAAGUAAGAAAUGACGUAGCUUAUUGCGUUUAUCCAGAAUGCGUUAUAAAUUCCGAUUGUCCAAGGGAAAAAGUUUGUUUGGCACAAAAAUGUAGGGAUCCUUGUAUCAAUGCUUGCGGAAUAGAUUCCAUCUGUCAGACUAUUAAUCAUAAACCAGUAUGUUCUUGUCCAAGUGGUUUCAUGGGUAAUCCUCACAUAAAAUGCACGAUUACUACUCAAGAAGUACCAAGUUUGGAAUGUACACAUAACACCGAUUGUACGAACGAUAAAACUUGUUCGAACAAUAAAUGCAUAGAUCCUUGCAGUGUUCAUUCAUGCGGUCUCAACAGUCGUUGUUUUGUUCAAAUGCACAGAGCAAUUUGUGUUUGCAACGAAGAUUUCACUGGUAAUCCUCAACAAUAUUGUCACAAAAUUGGUUGCCGUGGUGACAAUGAAUGUCCAUUGACUCAAUCUUGUAUCAACAAUGAGUGCAUAGAUGCUUGUCAAGUAAUGCAAUGUGGUAUCAAUGCGUUGUGUACUGCUGAUGGUUAUCAUAAAGCUCGUUGUUAUUGUCCUGACAAAUUUUUGGGCAAUCCUUAUCAAUUAUGCAAACGUCCAGAAUGUACCAGUGACAAUGAUUGUUCACCUUCUUUGGCAUGUCAAAAUUUACAAUGUACAGAUCCUUGCUCGUGUCCUUCUACUGCUCAAUGUCUGGUUAUUAAUCAUCGACCAAGUUGUCAGUGUCCACCUGGUUAUAUCGGUGAUCCUUACACAUCAUGCACUUUAGAAUUGGAAGAACCUGUUCCUGAAUGUCAAACUGACGUAGAUUGUCCCAGCAAAUUGGCGUGUUUCAAUGGAAUUUGCAGAGAUCCAUGUACAGAAACUAAACCAUGUAUCGCUAGUGCCAAAUGCAGUGUCGUAGACACUUUACCAAUGAGAACUAUGAUUUGUGAGUGUCCACGAAACUUCAUGGGAGACGCAACAGUUGCCUGUAUUCCAGUUGACAAACAAAUUGGCGUAGUAUGUGUAAGUGAUUCCGAAUGCAAUUCGGAUAUGACGUGCUUAAAUCAAUGCUGCAUCAAUCCAUGCGCUGUUAAUCCGUGUGCCACCAACGCAGAGUGUUAUGUACAAAACCAUCGUCGUAUUUGUCAAUGUCCUGUAGGACAUACCGGUGAUCCAUUUGUAAUAUGUUUCGAAGAAAACAACGCAUUGCCUAAAUGUGAAUCAAACUCCGAAUGUCCAUCCAAUAAAGCAUGUAUAAAUCGUUUAUGUCAAGAUCCAUGCUUAAGUAACAGAUGUGGAUCAAAUGCUGAAUGUAUUGUCAAUAGACAUCAUCCAACUUGUCAUUGUCAAGAAGGUUUUGCAGGAAAUCCACAAAUACAAUGUUUCAGACCUGAAUGUAAAACUGAUCGUGAAUGUCCUUAUGACAAAGCAUGCCAGAAUGGCAAUUGCGUUUCACCUUGUCUUCUUGGUGAAAUUACGUGUGGCCGAGGAGCAGAAUGUAUAACUGCAGAACAUAAAGCUCAAUGCGUUUGUCCUCAAGGCAAACAGGGUAAUCCGCAUGUAGCAUGUAUUUCAACGAUAUGCCAUUACAACGAGGAUUGUGCGGAUCAUGAACUUUGCGACAGAUUGAACAGAAUCUGUCGACCUGUUUGCGAUUCUGAAACGUGUGCUGAAACUGCUACUUGCAUUGGCAGAGAUCAUCAACCAAAAUGUGUAUGUCCUACGGGAACAUCCGGAAAUCCAUAUAUUGAAUGCAAUCGAAUAGAAAUUCAACCAGAGUGUUUAGAAGAUAUAGAAUGUCAAUCUAACUUGGCAUGUAUGAAUGGACACUGUCAAGAUCCAUGUGGACCAACUAACAUGUGUACUCAAGAUCAAGAAUGUAAAGUUUUAAAUACCAUUCCACUUCGUACAAUCAUAUGUUUGUGUCCACCUAACACGGUUACCGAUAUCAAUGGAAACUGCGUUAAAUUAGAAUUGACUAAUGUACAAUGUCACUUGGAUCAAAAUUGUAAUGAUAACGAGAAAUGUUUGAAUGGACGAUGCGUUGAAGCUUGUGACACCAUACAAUGUGGAUACAAUGCUCAAUGUAAAUCAACUUAUCAUACUGCUACCUGUGUUUGUGCUUCUGAAUUUACUGGAGAUGGUUACGUCGAAUGCACGAGAGUAACAUUCCCACCAUUACCACCAAAUCAACCGGAAUGUUAUAGCAACAGUGAUUGUGCUCAUGACAAACAAUGCAUUAAUUCACUUUGCUUAAAUCCUUGUAUUGCUGCUAAACCCUGCGGAAAGAACUCACUUUGCCAUGUAGAAAAUCAUGAUUCCAUUUGUAAAUGUCCACAAAGUUACAUCGGUGAUCCUAGAAUAAAUUGCAUACCACCUGAAAUUGUUACGGAAUGUUCGUCCAAUAUUGAUUGUGCCGGAAAUACAGCAUGCUUUAACGGUGUCUGUAUAAAUCCGUGCAACUGUGGACCAAAUGCAAAAUGCAUAGUGGCCAAUCAUUAUCCGUCAUGCGUUUGUCCACAUGGUUAUUCUGGCAAUCCACAGCUUGGUUGUUUCAAACUUGAUUGCGAGUCUGAUAACGAAUGCAAUAACGCAGCAACUUGUUACAAUGGACAAUGCAUUAAUCCAUGUCUCUUGGACAACAAAUGUGCCAUCAAUGCUGAGUGUUACGGAUCUAAUCAUCGUUCAGCUUGUCGUUGUGGUCCUGGUUACGUUGGAAAUCCACAAAUACAUUGUGAAAGAAUAGAAUGUAACAACAAUUACGAUUGUCCUUCGAAUCAAGCUUGUAGAACUGGACGUUGCAUUAAUCCGUGCUCUGAAAAUUCUCCUUGCGCUCAAAACGCUCUUUGUUAUGUUCAAUCUCACGAAGCUACUUGUCGUUGUCCAGUAAACAUACCAUCAGGAAAUCCAUAUUCAUAUUGUGAACGUUAUCCAUCUGGUGUUGAGGAAGAACCAGAAUGUAGAAUCGAUGCUGAUUGUGGUGAUAAAUUAGUAUGCAUCAGAAGUGAAUGCAUAGAUCCAUGCCCAGUAUUAAAACCAUGCUUAGAAAAUGCUCGUUGCGAUGUCUUAGACACCGUACCUGUACGUACCAUGACUUGUACAUGCCCAGAAGGAUGGAUCACUCAUGUUGAUGGAAUAUGUAGACCAAUACAAUUAACAAACAUCGGUGCUUGCGUUACAAACGAUGAAUGUAAUGACAACGAAGCUUGCGUUAAUAGACAAUGCCGAGAUCCAUGCAAUUGCGGUACCAAUGCAAUAUGUUUCGUAAGAAAUCAUAAGCCAAUAUGUUCUUGCAAAGAAGGCUACCAAGGUAAUCCUGAAAUUUCAUGCGUUUCGGUGGAAUGUCAACAUGACUACGACUGUGCUCAAGAUAAAUCCUGCAAGAAUAAUUAUUGCGUUGAUCCAUGCUUACUGACAGAUCAAUGUGGUUUGAAUGCCGAGUGUUACGUUAGAAAUCACGUAGCUGAUUGUCGUUGUCGCAAAGGAUAUUACGGUAAUCCUUUGGACAAAUGUCGAGUUAUUGGUUGUCACAGUAACGGGGAUUGUCCAAGUGAACAUUCAUGUAUCAACAUGCAAUGCAUAGAUCCAUGUCUUCACGAUAAUCCUUGUUCCUCUCGUGCUGAAUGUAAAGUUCUUAAUCAUAUACCAAUUUGUCGUUGCCCAUCUCAUUAUACUGGAAAUCCAUACAUCCUUUGCAAAUUGGAAGAACAACCUGAGUGUAGAGAAGACAGCGAUUGUCCAGACAGAUUAGCUUGUUUCAAUCACAAAUGCGAAGAACCUUGUCCGAUCAUGCAACCAUGUACUACGCCAUCGGAAUGCAGAGUAUUACCAACAUCUCCUGUAAGAACCAUGAUUUGUGUUUGUCCAAGUGGAUACGUUAGUAGUGGCAGUGGAACUUGUCAACCUACCACGCCAAUAGUUAAAAUCGAAUGUACAAAGGAUAACGACUGUGCUCAUGACAAAUCUUGUAUCAAUGGUAUAUGCAGAAAUCCAUGUGCUUGUGGACCCAAUGCAAUUUGCAAUGUAGUCGAUCAUAAACCGGUAUGUUCUUGUGUCUUGGGCUACGAUGGAAGUGCGGACAUCGCAUGUACCGAAGUCACCAGUUGCCGUACGAAUGAAGAUUGUAGUGGAACACACGUAUGCGUGAGACACAAUUGCGUUCCUGCUUGUUCAUCCACGACAAUAACUUGUGGAAAAGGAGCAGAAUGUCGUGCUAUAAAUCACAAAGCUAUUUGCGAAUGCCCACCAGGCAUGAAAGGCAAUCCAACAGUAUCUUGUGUUUUAUUAGGAUGCAGAAGUAAUACAGAUUGUCCUACAAAUAAAGCGUGCAUUAACAAUCGUUGCGAAGAUCCUUGCACGUCUAAUCCAUGCACCGGUAAAACUGAAUGCAAUGUAUAUAAUCAUGUUGUCGAGUGUUCUUGUCCUCCAGGAUACAUUGCUGAUUCCAAAUCUGGAUGUGUCCAAGAAACUUGUAAAGCAGAUUACGAGUGUCCACCACAGACUGCAUGCUUCGAUGGAGAAUGUAUAAAUCCUUGCGUCAAAAUUGCACCUUGCGGCGUAAAUGCUAUUUGCAAAGUAUUAGACACCGAACCAGUCAGAACAAUGAUAUGCGAUACAAAAGAUAUUUGCCCAGUCGAAAAAGGCCAAAUUCCAGACGAAUAUGGUAAUUGCAUUUGUCUGCAACACAUGGCCAAAGAUCAACACGACGUUUGCGUACCGUGUCACGAAGAAACUGGAAUGAUCGUUAAUAAUCAAGGAUAUUGUACUUGUGCUUUAGAAAAAGGAUUUUUGAUAGACGAAUAUGGUCGUUGCAUAUGUCCAACUAAAGAUGGAUACAGAAUAACAGCUAAUGGAUAUUGCAAACUCAUUGGAAUAAUAGGAUGCAAGAUAGAUGACGAUUGUCCAGAUAAUAGAUACUGCGAUUUAACAACAAGAACUUGUGAAGAUCCUUGCUUAAAACUCAUGUGUAAUGUGAAUACAGUUUGCAAUGUAACCAGACAUCAAGCUCAUUGCCACGGCAAAGAGAAAGCACCCAAGACAGAUUUCCCAACACCGGACAUGGGUGUCAGUUGUUUAUCGGAUGGAGUUCAAGUUGAAAUAUAUUUGCAAGAUCACGAAUUUGACGGGGUUUUAUAUGUCAAAGGACGUAGCAAAGAUGAACAAUGUAGACGCGUUGUUUCAAUACCUGCUGAAACUAUACAUAAAACUGAUAUAAUAUUUAAAGUUGCGUUCGGUAAUUGCGGAUUGAUACAUGUUAAUGGACAAGCCAGUUUUAUACUCGUCGUUCAGAAACAUCCGAAAUUGGUAACAUACAAAGCACAGGCCUAUCACAUCAAAUGUAUUUAUCAAACUGGCGAACAAAAUGUUACACUUGGCUUUAAUGUUUCAAUGUUAACUACUGCUGGUACUAUUGCAAAUACUGGACCACCACCAACAUGUGUAAUGAAAAUAGUUACUCAAAAUGGAAACGAAAUUAAUUCUGCCGAAAUAGGGGAUAAUCUUAUGCUACAAGUUGAAGUUCAACCAUCAUCAAUUUAUGGAGGUUUCGCAAGAAAUUGUGUUGCCAAAACAAUGGAAGAUAAUUUGGAAAACGAAUACAUCGUAACAGAUGAAAAUGGAUGUGCAACAGAUCCAACAAUAUUCGGAGAAUGGGAACAAAAUCAUGAAACUCAGUCAUUGAUGGCUAGUUUUAAUGCAUUCAAGUUUCCCAGUAGCGAUAAUAUCAGAUUCCAAUGUAACAUAAGAGUCUGUUUUGGAAGAUGUCAACCUGUCAAUUGUCGUGGAUACAAUGCAUUUGGUCGUCGUCGUAGGGACGUCGAGGCAGAAUCAAACGAUACAGCACUAAGUGUUUCUGAUGGUUUCGAAGGGCAGCUACGCGAAGAGAUAACAAUCGAAUCUAACUUAAUAUUUACUUUAGAAAGAAGGGAAGAAAGAUUAACAGCAGAUCCGGCUGAAAUUGCUUCGGCUCAAAGGGUAGAAGACAUUUGUGUUUCCAUGGUUGGAUUUAUCAUAGCGUUAGUAAUAACAGCACUAUUAGCACUAGUUGCUGUAGCUAUUGCUGUUUCAUGCUGGUUAAUGGCAUAUAGACGUCAGCCAAAGACUGCUGGACCACUGCCACAUCCACCAGAGUUUCCAAAUCCUCUGUUCACUACCGAAUCUGUAGCUGAACCUUCUCCUGAUUAUCAUUUAUAAGAAGUUCUUCUUUCUCUUCCUAUUUCCUUUUAUCUAUUUCUCCUUAGUAUAAUUAUUUUAUAUAUAUAAUAUAAUUUUAUAAUCUUAUCGCGGAAUGCAUUUCAGACCACUCUUCCUAACUUGGUCAGUCUUGUAUUUCUAAAUGCAACUCCUCCAAUGACUACUUUUUAGCAUAUGCUCUCAAGGGUUUAUAUAAUCAGUGAUACUAUCCUUCUAAAAAAAAAAAAAAGAAAAUAACUUAACUAUUGCAAAAUAUCUAUUUUCUAUUUAAGGUGACGGGAUUGCUUUAUUAUCUUAUUCUCUUCUCCUUUCUCUCUCUCUCUAUCUUUCUCUCUUUCUAUGUGUAUACAUGAAAUUUAAUCCUAUUUUUCAUGAGCAUCGUCCUCUGUAUUAUUUUGUCUAGUCAGUGGAGGAUUUGUUUUAUACACGACACAUACACAUACACAAAAUCGCGAAUUUAUUUGCGUGUAAAGUCAAACAAAGUAGUUUAAUGUAGACUUGUUUUUUUUUAUUUUAUUAUUAUUAUUAU